AGAGCCGCGAGGCGAUUGGCUGAGCGCGGCCCGCUCUUUCCUCUCGCGCGGCGGCCGAGGGGCCCGUUGGUGUCGCCUGGCGGCUGGGCUGCGCCUCGGAGCACCUCAGAGGAGAAGGAGGAGGCGACACCCGCCCGCCUCCACACGGAGCGCCCCCGCGCUCGCCCCUUCAGACGCCGCGCGAACCUGCGUGUGUGAAAGGAGGGCGGCGGCGCCCUCUCCCGCCUUUCCCCCUCAGCGGCCGCCCGUUUUCGAGGCUUGUGACGUCGGCGGCUCCCUCAGGCAGCGGCUGGCGGGCGGGAGGGAGGGAGGGAGGAGUCGUGAGGGGACGGCGGCGGCGGCGCUGGCGCUUCUUCUUCUUCUUCCCGGAAGGCUGCGGCGAGGCUGUGUGGACGCCUCGGCUUGAGGGGCCGCAUCUUGGCGGGGGAAGCGUGAGGCAGGCGGGAGCCGCUGCCGGCCCAGAGCAUCACCGGCCUCAUCAUCACCUGGCGCGGAGGGCGGCGCGCGGGCGGGGAGGGGCCGCGGGGCGGUUGCCUCGCCGAGGAGGCGCGGCGUGUGGCGUUGCCUCCGGAGUGCGGCAUAUAGUGUCGCCCAGCAGCGGCGCGGCGCCGCUCGGUAGUUUAAAGCGCCCUCGGGAGUAGCAGCAGAACCAGCAGCCUUCCCGCCCGCUCCUCGCCCGGCUCCGCGUGAGGAGGAGCAGCAGCCGCAGCAGCCAUGAAAGGGAAGCAGCAGCCGCCUCACACGCCGCCUCCGCCGCCCAGCGCCGGCUCUCCUCUGCUGAAAGACGACGCCGACGAAGCGCCUCGCUUCCCGGCCAGCGACGGGGAUGCCGGCGGAACGGGCGCCCCCGCGGAGCCCGGCACCGCGCCGGCUCCCGCCUCGGCUGCCGGCGACGGGCUGGCUCUCCGACCGCUGGGUCCGACGCCGAGCCAGAGCCGCUUCCAGGUGGACCUGGUGGCCGAGAAUGCGGGGCGAGCGGCCGCGGUGGGGGAAGAAGAGGCGGCGACGGCGGCGGCCCCCAAACCCCCCGGGGACGGGAAAGGCGGCGAGGAAGCCAAAGGCCGGUUCCGGGUGAACUUCGUGGACCCUUCGGCCGGCGACGACAGCUCGGGGGAGCCCGGCGGCGAAGGCUGCAACGUGAGCUUCCAGAACGGGGGCGACACGGUGCUGAGCGAGGGGAGCCUGCAUUCCGGCGGCGGCUCCGGGGGCCACCAUCACUACUACUACGACACCCACACCAACACCUACUACCUGCGCACCUUCGGACACAACACCAUCGACGCCGUGCCCAGGAUAGACUAUUACCGCCACACGGCCUCCGGACUCGGGGAGAAGCUCAUCCGGCCCAGCCUGGCGGAGCUGCACGACGAGCUGGACAAGGUGAGAGCGAUGCGCAGCCAGCGGGCGAGCUCCGUGCGCGGCUGCGUUUGGCAGAGGAUCGCGGGGCAGGCGCAAGAGGGGUGGGAGCAAGGGGGUGCCUUUUGCAGAAACGCCGAAAGCAGGUCUCGCAAGCCUGGGUUGCGGCGCCGUGCAGAACUGCAGAGGCAUCAUCUUUGGCGAUCCUUCGUAGCCGAGUACGAUUGUCUUCCAUAAACACGGUUUUAACAGUGAGCAGAGGCAUCAUCACUUUCAGGAGUCGUAGAUGCGACGGCAACCCGCAGGCUAACUUAAUCCCCGUGUCUAAAAGAUCUUUGCCAGCCUUCGGUUCCUGAGAUGUUGUUGGACUACAGUUCCCAUCAUCCCCAGCCAGCAUAGCCAGUGGUCGGGGAGGAUGGGAGCUGUAGUUAAAGAGCAUGUGGGAGGAAGAAAACUACCUUGCGCUUUACCAGUUUGAUAUUUUGUUAUGCUACACACACUGGAGUUGCAGCCUGCUGCGAUUAGGCACACGUGCUUUAUUUUUAUAUUUCUUUAAAGCAAGAGACGUCUGGUAGACCUUGCUAUGCAUGGGUAAAGGGGCUACAUGCAUUCUGAUGCAAUGCUCUGGUGCUGGUAUAGACUAGAUAAACACCCCUAUGGGCUGCCAAAACUAGCUGAGCUUAAGUAAGGAGUGCUAACCUUAUGUCACUGUCCUUCGUGGAUUCUUUGCACAUGAACUUGGCCUUCUCAGGUACACUUGGAAAAUACUGUAAUUUACCUAAUUCUUCCAUCUGCUUUGUGUAUGUGUUGUCUGCUGUCCCAAGUGCACAUGGGAGCAUGAAACAUGUGCUUAUAUAUCUACAAAAGUAACUGGAGCAUUUGCAGCUGAAUAUCUGCAAACGAAAAAACAUGGCAAACUACUUGCUGUUAAUUUCCUAAGCAGUGAUAACACCAACAAAGUUGAGUAUUUACCUCUUGUGAACUUCAUCCCUCUUUCCUUCCUGUUUAUUUUCAGCAGAAGUUUCUUGCAUGGGGUCAGCUGGGGAGAACAUGAAGCAAGCCCCAACUAGGGAUCAAUCAAAGGUCACCUUGAGAUAGGCCAAAGGAAAUUAAUUUGUCUCUGCUUUUAUAAACAUGGCAUCUGGGUACCACCAUCAUCCCUUAUCUAAGUACUGGAAUUAUUCAGUGACACAAACUGUUUGCCAUAUUUCAUAGAUUAGGCUUAAAUUAAUUCAACUUUAUUUCUUGUCCUCUUGUAAAGGCACUUGUUUACAUCAUGCUUCUCUUUAUGGGCUGCUGCAUUCUGCAUAAACUUGCAUGUGUGAUUGCCUCCUCAGUAUCCUCAGGAAUGAUUUCAGCUUCUUUUUAACUAUCUUCAUCCGUUUAGUAUUAGUGCUUUAUUAACUGUUCCUAGAAUCCUAAUGCUUCCUGUAGUGUUCACAACCUGGUUUUUAAAAGUAGGGACUAGGCUUUGUUUUAAAGGGUAUUUGUUACUGAUUCUCACACAAGACAACUGAAGGUGCUGUGUUAAUUUUCUGACUUUUAACAGUAGAUCAGAAUUAAAUACCCUCUUCAAUUUUUUGUCACUGUGGGAAAAGGUAGCCUAACAUGAGAAACUUUGUUUUUAAGUUUUCUUAAGUGUGAAAUACAUUUAUUAGGAAAUCCAGCAAUAAGGUUUUUGUUUGUUUUUGUUUUGAUUUCUUCAGACCUAUGUCCUUUAGAUAGAAAACAACCCCAUUUUCUCACAUGGUAGAAACGGUUAGUACAUUUUAAAGAAGCAUCUUAAAUAAAUAAAUAAAUAAAUAAACAAACAAACAUUUGAAUAUAAUUAACUAAAUCUCUACCACAUGUUUCAAUUUAAAUGGUACAUCUGUUAUCUACUGCAUAUACCUAUAUCUACCUGCAGGUACAUGGUGACAUCACUCUUUAAAAUGGGACUUCUGUUUCUUAAAGAGGCAUACAUACUUCCAUCUGUCACUUAUCUAUAAGAAGUUUCCUAUAUUAUGAUGAAAAUCCCACAAAGAGAAGAUUGUGAUAUUUUAACCUCGGUAAUGUGUUCACUUUUCCCAGUAGAGUAAGUUGCAUAUUCACUUGUUCUGUUGGAAACCUUCACUGACUAAUAGGAUGAAUUGUAAACAUAUGAAAGCAUGCUAAAGUAUGGGCUUCAACCAUUUACUACCUGACUUGACCAUUUAUUGCAAAUUUUAAACAACAAUAAUUUAAAGAGGGGAAGAGGUUUCUCAUACAUCCAGUUCACUCCUUUAAAUUUCAGUGAAUAAACAAUAGCGCAGUGCCUUAGCAAUAUAUUGUAAAUAUUUACUCCUGCCUGUUUACAAUAUGUUGUAUGUUUAGUGUAUGUAGAUUUUAAAAAGAAAUAGAAUAGAUUUUUUUAAAAUUUGGAUGGCUUGUUAAAGUAACCCGUUUAAAAUGCUGCGUGCUGCAAGACCUAGCAGCUGCCUCAGUUGUGUUUUCAGUAGUGAUUGUAGUACCUGAAGCCAUGUUCAACCUGGCAUAUGGCCCCAUGGUUAGUAGGUAACCAUUGACUAGGUUGUGAAGAAUGAAAAGAAUUACAGUGUUGUGUGUGAGUAGAAGAGUCUUUGUAAAGCACAACCAGGCAGGACCCUUAGCAAAUACGUACUAUCACACCUUUGAGGAAGUUCAGAAAUGUAGGUUCAUCUUUAUUUUAUUUUUUUAAAAGAACACUUGUGCAUCUUCUGUACUGCUGAAAGAUUAUACUCACCAUGGCAGGUUACGUUUUCAAGCUGCUAAAAUUAUAGCACAGGGGUAGUCAACCUUUUUAUACCUACCGCCCACUAAAGCAUCUUUCUUGAUGGUAAAAUUUCCUUACCAGCCACCAGUGCUUGAUGGAAGGAGGAUUCAGCUUGUGCCGUAGAACCCCCUACCACCCACUUAGAAUCCUAGUGGGCAGUAGGGACCAGGUUGACAACCCCUGUUAUCGCAUAACUUAAGUAUAGUUGGUGGUCAGUUUGUAUCUAACCCACAAACACCCUGUGAUGACUUUGAAAACUGGCAAAUGAGGUAGUUGCGAAAGGAAGCUUCAUAGCACAUGUUGGAGACCUCUUGAGGCAAUAGCCAUUGUAACCUUUCCCAUUGUGGCCUGGUUCACCUGUGACAGUAAAUCAGGGGCAAAACAAAUGAUGACUUACUGGGAGCUGGUGCACCAACCCCCUCCCUGCUUUUGACACACCUAGAGGAAACCAGGGAUAGGUGUAAACUAGCGCUGUGGAUUAUUUCUCUCCAAAGCAGCCAUGAAAACAAGCCAAGAACUCCGGGAGGAAGGGGAUGGGUUUUAGUUGAGUAGCGUGCACCAGCGCACUUGCUUGUUCUGUGACUUACUCUUAUAUGUGAACCAGGCUAGUCUUUGCUUCCUUUUCCAUCUUUUCAAGGGGUGGAAGGUGAGCAAGAAGUUAUAGCAAUCCUGAGGAGCCAUUAACUAUAUGUGCCAGUGUAAUUUUGGUAGAUUGGAAUAACUUGGGGUUUUUCAUGAAAACAAAGAAUUACUAGUAACCUUGGCAUGUACCUAUGCAUUCCUUCCAUAGGGACAUAGUUCAUUUUUAUCUCAAUUUUCUAAUAUGAAAAUAAAGUGCGUUACCAUCAUUAAAAUGGAGCAGUAGUAAGACACCAGAAAGUAAGACAUUAACUCACAGUGCUGAUGAAAGAGGCUGGCUUGACUCAUCACAAUGAUAGUGUCAUCCAUGAUACGCGUGGGAAAAUUUCUAUUUUACCAAAAAAAAAAAAAAAAAUCAACUGCUUUUUGCUGUGGAAAAUUUUCUGUUUUAUAAGUUCAUGAAUAACAGUGAAUGGAUGUCAACUGCAAAUAAAUAUUAGAUAUGUUUGACAGUUCAAGUAUUUUUUCCCUUUGUUGACCAACAAACAAGCAUGCUAAAUUAGAUCACUCUCUAGGGAGUCAGAAAAUUUCAUACACACACACACACACACACACACACACAUAAAAUUCCCUGCAAAUUAUUGGAAUUUGCAUUGGAAGUGCAAUGUUAUGUUACGACUGCUGUUCACUGCUAUGUUGAACACUUCACCAUCUAGGACAGGAAGGAGUUUUUGCCUCCCCCCACUCUUGUCCCAUUAUAUGGGACACGGGUGGCACUGUGGGUUAAACCACAGAGCCUAGGGCUUGCCAAUCGGAAGGUCGGUGGUUCGAAUCCCCGCGACGGGGUGAGCUCCCGUUGCUCGGUCCCUACUCCUGCCCAACUAGCAGUUCGAAAGCAUGUCAAAGUGCAAGUAGAUAAAUAGGUACCGUUCCGGCGGGAAGGUAAACGGCGUUUCCGUGUGCUGCUCUGGUUCGCCAGAAGCGGCUUAGUCAUGCUGGCCACGUGACCCGGAGGCUGUACGCCGGCUCCCUCGGCCAAUAAAGCGAGAUGAGCGCCGCAACCCCAGAGUCGGCCACGACUGGACCUAAUGGUCAGGGAUCCCUUUAUCUUUACCUUUACCUUUUACUCUUGUCCCAUAUUGCACCCUAUUUAAUUGCUUCAAUUGAAUUCAGUGGGAAGCACUGAGAACUGAUCCCACUUCUAAUGUGUUUAACCCUCCUAGAAUCUUGUGCAUACCUUUUAAAGCAGUGAAAAGCAGUGUAGAGAAUGUGCCUGCCCAAUCUAGAUAGGACCAACUGCACAUUCCUACCAUGGUUAGAAGAGAUGCCGCAGCUCUACAGUGAAUGAUUGCUGUGCCUUCAGUUGUCAAGAGGGGAGGGACUGAGCUCAGUGGCCGAAUGGCAAGCUUUGCUUGUAGAAGUUCCUAAGUUCAAUCAGUUGUGUAGGACUGGGAAAGAUCCCUGGUGCCAGUCAAUAUGUAGAUAAUACUGAGGGUAUAUGGACCAAUGGUCUGAUUGUGAAUGGGGCAGCUUUCAAUGUUCUUAUUCUGGUAAUGCUUUGCCUACCAUUCCCAGCUCUUGCUGGCGAGGACAAAGAUGCUGGAUGACUUCAAGUUAAGAGGCACAAUUUGACACUUUGGCUGCUCGCCUGGGGGGUAACUGCUUCUUAGUGAAUAUAUUGCAAACUGCAUGGAGAUCACGAUUUCUGUUACUAUGGUGGUUCAAGCAAAUUGCAAAUUUUAACUUUGAUUUAGUUGUUUUAAAGUUGUGCUAGUCUGCUAAGGACACAGUGAAUGCUAGAAUAAUUUCUAUAGUGUUAUAAAACUGCAAAUGACAUGAUUCCAGCUCUGCAUGUGUAGGACUGAGCUGGGCAUGUAAAUGCCUUCAAAAGCAUUUUCAAUAAAUCACUUGAGAGAGAGGCAUAUUUAACUGCAUGAUAAACAGCCAAACUAUAUAAUUCUGUGGAUCUAAUCUAAUGAUGGCCUUUUCGGGGGACUCUUAAUCUCCCUCCCACCCACCAUUUACAAGCAGCCAGAUUGGGAGCAAUGUUUACUUUACUUUCCCCCACUAUUUAUUCAUUUUAGCUUUUAAUGUUUAUGAAUGUGAGAUCUCCUUGACCUUAAGAUUCAAAUCUGAGUAAGAAUCUUUGGGCCAUGAGGGUCAUUUUCAAAUAAACUUCUCUACUGGUUUUAAGGUGCUGUGUUCUUGUGGCAAGCGAGAUGGUAGAGGAGGAUAGAUCUUUUAUUGAUAUAAAAAUGAAUUGCUGGGUGAAGUUGGCUGAUAUUUUUGAAAUUUAUUCAUAACCUAUGUGAUGAGACAGAGGAGGUGGUCAAUAUUGCUGUCAAAAAAAAUCCAACUUGGGAAUGGAGAUUUAUUCCUCAGGCACAGUUUGGAAUUAAGCUCUGGAUGAAUAGAAUUGGUUUUAUGAGUAGCUAUUCCCAAGUCUGAAAAUUACUUAUUUGUAUGGAGGAUAUGUACCAUAUUGUAGGUUUUCUGUGUUGGUGUGUAUGAAGUAAUGCUUUUGAAUGAAAAGUUUGGAAAACACAAUAAAACAUCAAACCUUAACUGAUAUGGGUAAAAGUAGUUGCCAUUAGGAUGCUUUAAACUUUCAUUCUGUUGAGACAUUCACAGGCUGUCUCCCAGUGUAUUCUUGAGUGGUGUUUGUAGAGCAGAUGUAUGGCAACAAUCCUUGUGUAAAGAAGAUCCUAGAUGUAUCUUCAAAUUUGUACAAUGUGAGCGUCUAAGCACAGCAGACUUUUCAAAAGUACUGCAAUAGAUGCUCCUAAAGCAGCUAGGUCAUAAAACAAAUGGAGUAUAACAAUCACAAAGGCGGCAAAUUCCAACCACACUCAUAGGAAUUUAUGUGUGUUCUCUUUAGUUAUAUGAUUCUCUUCUCUUCCCACCCUGCACCUCUUAUCAUAUUAAAUGACUUUGAAUGGUGUGCUGUGUGUAAGUGUAACUGGCUGUUUAACCCAUUCCUUCAUUGCUGUUUUGUCUGCUCAGAGUAACCCCUCCUUCCAGAUACUUUUCAUCACAUGCUGCUUUUUCUUCCUCAGCUGCUUUACAUGAUAAAAGAGAAGAUUAGGGCGGAGGUGGAAAGUGGAAUAAUAGGAACAACAUGAAAUCAGUCCUUCUGUCUGGGAAUGCAGAGAAAAACUUUCAGUUUGAGGAUGGGAGAAAAAUGUUUGAUCUGUACUUAGGGCGAAUGUUGUCAUGAUAACCUGGUUGAGAAGAGGAAGAUUGGCCUGCAGAACUAUGUGCAAAUGAGGAGGUGUUGAGGAUUAAUGCAAGGUCAAGAGCUGAAAUAUUAACUUGAUGGCUCUUAAAGUCUUACAACUGACUACAAAGUUUUCCAGUAACUAAUGACUGAGAAUUAGCAAGUGGGAAAUCUGUUUAAGGGGCUAUAUUACUAAACAAAUUACAGUGGUGCCUCGGGUUACAUAUGCUUCAGGUUACAUACGCUUCAGGUUACAGACUCCGCUAACCCAGAAAUAGUACCUCGGGUUAAGAACUUUGCUUCAGGAUGAGAACAGAAAUUGUGCCCCGGUGGCACAGCAGCAGCAGCAGGCCCCAUUAGCUAAAGUGGUGCUUCAGGUUAAGAACAAUUUCAGGUUAGACGUGGGACCUCCAGAAUGAAUUAAGUACUUAACCUGAGGUACCACUGUUAAUGAAGCUAAUGAAGCCCUGAGUUCAGUAAACCUGUAUUGGCACAGUUUGAUUUGUCAAGCUGCUUGCUUGGGGAGGAAAGUCUGUAAAAGUACUAUUCUUGGGUGAGAUAGAGUUCAAGUUUGAACUAGAACUUUGGGGGGUGGGAAUCUAGUGCUAUAAAUUAGAACAGGAGCCCUUUCUACACCUAUGGCUAAAAGUGUGAACAGAACUUAACAACUCUUUCAGAAAUAAAUAUAUUCCAGUGUGAUUGACCAUGAUCCUUGGAAACUGACUUAUGCCCAGGAUACUUCUUAAGGAGCUUUUUCAAAGGUCCUGAGUGCUGGGAUAGCUCAGUUGGUGGAUGAACUUAUCUGCAGCUUUUUCUCUCACAGUACUAUACUUAGCAGCCUUUUGUUCCUGGUGGCAGGAGAUCCAUCAGUAGACUUGAAUUUUCUGUCUGUUUUCCUGUAUUGAAUGGGGCUCUAACCAUUGUGUGGCAGCAGAGAAGAUUCCAUUGUGGUGCUUGCUUGACUUUAUAUUAGAAAUACUCGUGCAUAGAAGAGCUGCAUGUAGAGGAACAGAACUUGGAUGUAACUACUCAUCCUCUUAUCUCUUUGCCUUAAAUAAUGAGCAGUCAAAUAGCAUUUUUAUGUUCAAUGCAUGCAUUCUUACAAUACUCUAAAAUAGUAAAAAAUUAUUACUAUUAUAGGACAGGCAUGGAGGAGGCUAAGUGAUAGGAACCUCUGCAACUUAACUCACUUAGCCACUAUUUUGGGCCAACUCUUACACGUCACCAGCACAGCAAUAUGUUUUGAUUCACUGCUUUAAUAUUAUACAUAAAUAGGACAGAAAAGUAAGUGGUUGUAUUUAGUAAUUUUAACACUUAAGGUUUUUUUAUGUCACUUGAUCUGUGGGAGGCAACUCUCCCCUUCAUCUCUCCCCAAAAAGAGCACUCUGGCAGUAAAUAACAUGAAGAACCUGCUAAAAAAGUUCUGAACAUAUAAUAACCAAGAAAAAUAUCCCAUUUACAAGAUAAUAAUGCAGAAACUAGGGGUGGUAUUAAAUUAAAUUUUACUGAGAGUUGACCAAUUAAAAAUAAUGGCUCUAACCUUAAGUAAAACAUAGUUGAAUGCCAACCACUGUCAGUAAUACAUCAUACAAGGUAAUGUAUGUUGUGAAAUCUUGACAUUUGUCACACCGCCACAUAUGUGCAUACUGCCUCAGUGUUUUCCUUCUGAGUACUGUCCUAUUAAAAGGUAUCCACUUACUUCAGUAUUCUAUGCAUUUAUAUUUAUAUCGGUAACACAUACAUAAUGCAGUGUUGUCUUUUAUGCAUGUAACAAUAAUACUUUACUGAUUCUAUAGUUGAUAAUUCUUUCACUAUGUCUACAUAAUUGUUCCAUGAAAGUCUAAUACUUGAGUCAGGGUACUGUGCAUAAUUGUACAUCAGUUAAAAUAAGAAAAAAAAUUAUGUUAACAUAUCAACAGUUGACUAAAUUACAGCACAAUCCUAUGCAUAGCUAGUUUCACAAAAUGGUAAUCCAUGGGUUGUUGUUGUCAAGCCAUGAGUUAACCAUGAGUUGCCCUGUAGAUGAUCAACAAACUGUGAUUUGUUUUGUUUUCUAGUUGCUCUUGCACCAUGCCUUUGUAGUUUGGCAAGCAUCUGUGGUGGAGGGGUAAAAAAAAUCAUGGUUAAGGAAAGUUGCUGGAUUCACAAAGAAGAGCAAGCCAUGGGUGUUUUUCCUUUUUUUGAAACCCAAGCAUUGUAAGCCAACAGCAAACAAUGGUUAAGCUCCUGGUAGAGUUUACUUAGAGCACUAAGUCAUGGUUUACUAAACAAUAGUUUACUGUUAUGUGCUAACCAGGUCUGAUACUAGAAUGAUCAGAUCACAUGUUGCCAAACAUUAGCAGUUUUACUUUUUGGUUAUUUUUUUGCUAAAAGCCUGAAUAUUUUCUAGUUCUAUAAAAUUAAAAUGUUCUGGCAUUUUAUUUUUGCAUAGUUUGCAUUUCACCAAGUAGUCCAAAUCUUCCUAUUGCUCCUAAAUUUUAAUUUGUUCUAUCUAGAUUCCAUUUUGCUCUGUGAGAAUCUAGUAAGUAUUAUAUCAUCUGUGCUGUGACACUAGUGAGUGACCUAUGACAUCCUGAUUUUGUGUAUUGUCAUAAAUAGAUCUUUUUAAAUGUUAUGCUAUCAAUUUUAACCGAAUGCACAACUAGUUACAAUUUGGGGAGGAGGAAUUUACAGUCCCAGGCCAGUUCUUUCAAGAUUUACAAAGAUUUUUCCUGGACUUACAAAUACGCAUAGGAGGCAUAUUGUACUGUGACCUUGGAAUCUAAUGCAGAUAACUGUGUUUGCUAAUUUUUCAGCCCUUGCAAUGAGGGUAUAAAGAUCAUUUUCUGCCUUUUUGAAUGAUAGCAUCAAUUAGAAUUUUUUUCUUUGAUAUCUUGCUGAAGUAUCUGAUUCCAGAACAGAUGCCUUUUUCUACACUUAUGGAACAUAGCCUAAUGAGGGGGAAUUCAGCCAUUUUAACAUUAUGGCAUGCUGUUGUAUUAAUGCAGUAACUUUCCAUACUGGAUAGAAAUUAUGUUUGGCUGAUCAGUUGCUUUCAUUUUUCCCCCCAUUAAUACAUAUUAAUUAGCUUUAUGCCAUGUUUGGUAUUACUUUUUGCUGGCCAAGCUUUAAAUUUAACCUUGUGUGGAGGAAAAUUACACAGUAUUCCCUGAGCAACUCUCCCGUGGGAUCCAGUGAUCCUCAAAAGCAGACAUUGCUUCUGGUUCAUUUCACUUUUACCCUCUUGUUGAAGUGUUAUUCCUUCAAAUCUAGAAUCUGAUAAAGUUCACAAAAUACACAAGCACAGCUAAGUUUUUAUAUGCCAGUGCUUUUGAAAAAUGUGAUAAUAUGAAGGCAUCUAAAUUCAUCUUGUAUGUGCUUCAAACCUUUACGUUCAAUUAACCAACUUGACAGUUACCAAGAUUGUGGAUGAAAAUAGCCUUUUUCAUUAACUUGUUCCUUCAGCUUGCAUGCAAAUGCAAUUCUGAAACAUAGGUAAUAUUUAGAUCAGUGGGAUCUAAAUGUACUUAGGAUUGCAACUUUAAACAGAGGCUCAAUAGGUUUCCGUUUCAUCCAACCCACUCCUUCUGAUUGUUGCUUUACUACAGGAACCAUUUGAGGAUGGAUAUGCAAAUGGAGAAGAAGGAACUCCUACGGGAGAUGCCACUGCUACUUAUACUGCUGAAAGUAAAGGGAUUGUCAAGUUUGGUUGGAUUAAAGGUGUAUUGGUAAGUAUAACUUUGGUAAUGAUAAACCCAUCUGUGCUUAUUUUCUUAGCAACAAUUGAAUAUGUCUACUUGCAUAUAUAUUGCAGAUUUUUUAAAAAAGAGCAAAACAAUUGAUUACCAUGUAGUAGAUACAAAGUUUCUGUUUUCUGUAUCUGCUACUCUCAUUGUUGUUUUUUAAAAAGAAAUAUGUAUCCAGAUACAUUUGCCUUUGUCUCCCCCAGCUCUUUUUAUUACUGUGCCCUAAAAUGAUUUAGGACAUUCAUGAAUGGCCAAACACUUUCUCUCUUCCUGCUGUUCCUUAACUCAAAGAUAAACUCUGGUUCAUCUUUGAGUGUAUAGCAAAUUAAAUUUCAUUCCUUCAGACACUUUACUAAGAGGCAAAUCCCGUUUAACUUGGAUCUUGCUUUUGAGAAAAUCUUAUUAGGCCUGGCUGUAAGGUGAAGAAUAAUGAAAAGGCAUUCAUGUUACUUAAGGCAGCCUUGUAUUGCAUGCAGGUCCCACUUGCCAAACACAAUGCAUUCCCAGGAAAUUGUUUCUUAGGCGGGCGUUUGCAUAAGGAACUGAAGAUUUCUAUUAUUUCCUAUGGGAGCAUUUCUAAUCCGUGACUUGUCUUAUCUCUCUCCUCUGUCCCCUCCAUGGUUUCUGCCUGAAAAUGGCUGGCGCUGUCCAGCAAACCACAAACAAGAAAGGAAGUGGGCAAACUCUGGUUUAUCUGAAUUAGCUGUGUGUGUAGUGAGGUUUGGGUUUGUUUCUUUAUGUUUGGAUAAGUGAAUUUUUGCAUAAUAAGUGGGCGGAUAGCAGGACCUGCGUGUAUACAGUUUGCCUGGUAACUUUAUUGCAAAUGGACUAGCGGGGGAAGGAUGACUCUCCUUCAUCUGUAGCCAGCAUGGAAAUGCAGACACGAGUCACUUUGCACAGUUAACUCAGGAAACACAAGGGAGGGAACAUGGUGGCUCAAAUUUCAUCCCCCGUCCGAUAGCUAUUGGAUCAGUGCCAUGAUGUCAUAAGGAUACAGUAACUUGCACAGCUUAUAACAUUAACUAGAUUUUGUUUCUUCUGGUGGAGUGCCUGGGGAGAGCAGUCCUUUGGCCCAAAUAAGGGUGAGGAGAGAGCAGUAUCCUGGCUCAAAUAAGUAAACAAAAGGAUUUCAUCUAUAAAUUGGCUUCCCUGCCGUGUUCACUUAAUGGGACAUUCAUCUCAGCUAGUAAUUUUUCUUUGACUUAUUGGAAGUCUAGGAAGGAAUUCAGUGUCAUGCUAAGGUGAUUUGGGCAGGUUGAGCAUUUUGGCUUGCCCGACAGAGGGAUUCCUGUUCCUUCCUCCCCAUGCUACUAUGGUCUUCCUCCUGCACCCUGCUCCCCCAGCCUGUUGUUAUUGUUAUUAUUGUUAUUUAUUAAAUUUGUAUACCACCCUAUACCUGCAGGUGUAUAUUACAAGGUGUGCAAGCCCAAUUUCCCAUGAAAGCCGAAGCCCUUCUUUAGGACUUCCGCUGACAGGGCUCAUUAGUUGAAACCUGUCCCUAGAAUUUUAAUUAUGUUUUUGUUUUUUGUAAGAAGUCAGUGAAUUAACUGAACCCAACCUUUUCCAAUAAAAAAAAAUCUCAUUCACAGGUUUAUCAGACUUUAUAGUUGUUUGAAAAUAACUCAAUGGAGAAACAAUAAGAUUUGUAAGAUCACAAUUUCUGUUACUAUGGUGGUUCAAGCAAAUUGCAAAUUUUAACUUUGAUUUAGUUGUUUUAAAGUUGUGCUAGUCUGCUAAGGACACAGUGAAUGCUAGAAUAAUUUCUAUCCUUCUUAACUUAGUGUUAUAAAACUGCAAAUGACAUGAUUCCAGCUCUCAUGUUAUAACUGUGACAGGAUGGUGGAAAUUAACACAGUUCAGUUUGUACAAACAAAGCAACCUUACAUGGACAAAAUCCCCUGUCUUCUGGAGGAAUCUUGGCAUGUCUGUAGUAUAUUUUAUCUUGACAUGGCAAAAAAAAAGUAUUUACUUUAAAUAAUUGGAGUUUUUGUAUUGUUUUCCAGUUUACAAUUAUACAGAGUAUUAACUACCUAUUUAUUUAUUUAUUAUUGUUGCUUAUUAUAAUUGUUAGUCACUUUUCUCAGUAACCCCAAACCACUUACUUUAAAAACUUUUUAAAAACAACCAGGUAAAAUCCCUAAAAACACAGCUAUACAAGUAGAAGGCAUGACUACCUGAUCCCACUCCACCAAAAGAUGCCACAACACUGCCUUUCAAAUUAAGGGCCAAGAGAGAAAAGUAUUUGCCUGGUGCCUAAAUAUAGAUAAAGAUGGUACCAAGUGUGCCUUCCUGGGGAGAGGACUCCACAAUCGCCAUCGAAAAGUCCAAUUCUUGUGUUUCCACCCUCCAAACCUCCUGUGGAAAGGAGCACUUGAAGAAGGGCCUCAGAUCUAGCUGCUGCUGCUGCUGCAGCAUUUGGGUCAUAAACACUUCUGCUUAAACAUUAAUAAUAUUUGUUUUAUGUUAAGGAGAAGUAUAAUUUUCAUAAUGUAGUGACUUCAGUCAUUGCGCUUUUAAAAAUGGUCUGUUAAAGCAGGCCUGCACAAAUUGCAAGACAUCAAGUCAAAUGGGCCCACCAUAUGGUGGCACAGAGAAGAGAUUGAUAAAUCCCUACCACUGCUACUGAUCCAGGACUGGAAGAAUUGAAGAUAAUAAACUGCCACAAAGCAUGUCUGGUGUGCUGUUUGGCUUGAAUCACAAGUCGAGGUGCUUGGUUGCCUGCAUAACAGCAGACUUUUGAAGUUGACCCUGUGAACUCGAUUCUUAAAACUCUGUUGUAGCUUAUUCAAAAUGAUACCUCUAUAAUAAAUAUUGGGACAGCAUAGCAUGAAAAUUCUUUGCUCUUACGGUGUUCUAGGUACGAUGCAUGUUGAAUAUCUGGGGUGUGAUGCUGUUCAUUCGACUGUCCUGGAUUGUAGGACAGGCUGGCAUAGGUAAGUGUGCCCACCAAAUAAAACAUCUCUGUGUACUAUGUUAAUCUUGAUCAACUGUUAAAGAUCGGUGACUUGUAACUUACAGCAUUGGAUGAGAAUAUGAUUGAUGGAAUGCUGCUGAUUACCAUUGUGAUAUUCUUAACAUGGAAUAUAUGCUGCUUAUCAGUUUCACUAAGAGGCUCAGUGUGUCUCCAGAGCAAUGUUCUUUUCUUUGUUAUUACAGUAUGAGACACUGAUUAGGAGGUAAUACACAUUUGAAGGAUUAGUCCUGCUCAGAGCGUUACAUAGGCAACAAGUAGUUUUUCAUAUUCCUUGUUAGUAGUUGCUAGCUUCUGUGGUGUCCUCAAAAGGUGAGGCAUACUCUACCUGAAAAGGUACUCCUGAGGGCAGGAGAGGUGGUAGACACGCUUGUUCUUGAUGUGAACAGGUGAUGUCUUGCAUAUUGUCGGCACAUGUUAAAACAAGCUUGUUUAAAACCAGCUCGUGCAUGCUUUAGGUUUAAGACAUUUUUUGUUGUAUUGAUUUAUUGAAACCAACAGCCAGCGUUUGUUAAACAAUAUUGUACAUUUGUUUUGGGGGAAAUGAUAAUUUCCUGUAAAUAAUCUUAGGAAUCUUCUUACAGGACUUGCAGUCUUGGUCAUUGCAAUGGCGACUGUGGUAACUACGAUCACAGGCUUGUCUACAUCAGCAAUAGCUACCAAUGGCUUUGUGAGAGGAGGUAAAACAAUGUUAUACAUGUACUUUCCUGUUUAGUUUUCUUCAAAGGGAGCCAAAUCAUGUGAAAUUUACUUUGCAUAUAUGCAUCAAAUAUUUUAUUUAAUUGCAGAAGUACAUCGUAAGUGGCAAGGUUUUCUUCAAAAAACAAAGUGAUUGUGCUACUGUAUUUUUAAACUGUCAGCUCGCAAUAGUGAACUUUGAAAAAGUGACUUUGGGGGUCAUGAAGGUGAGGAGAGGUAGGUAGGUCACAAGUAGGGUUGGCGAGUACAGCUGGUAAGACAUAGAUAAAAGAAUUUGAAAUCAGACAAAUGGUGAGUAAUGCAUUAGAAAUGGAGAGUAACUAGAUCAGUGAUGUGGAACCUGUGGCCCUCCAAACAUCGUUGUACUCCCAUUGCCCCACCCAACAUGGGGAGAAUGACAAUUGUAAUCCAACAUUUGGUGGACUACAGGUUCCUCUUCCCUGACCUAGAACCACCUACGCAUUCACAAGUUGAGAGGCAAACAAUGCGAUCCAAGCUUUGUUUUGAGAAAGAGGUACCAUUUAUUGUAGUGAGAUUUACUUCCAGCUAAUUACAUUAAGGGUUGUAGUCCAAGUAAUUAAAAGAUGUUAAGAAAACUUAAACACUGAGCUUGCCUUUCUUAAGAGGCUAAUUGCAGAUUUGUAUCUUGAAAAUCAGCUUGGCCUUCUUCCCGGAUGCUGAGCAAUCUCAGUGAUGCUAUGGAAAUGUGAUUGUCUUAGGUACAGCAAGUCUGGUUUGUUACUAUCUACAGUCGGAUGCUCUGUUGAUGCAACAUGUUAAUCAUGGCUUACACAAUUGGACAAUUUUCACUUGGGCGUACUUUUCCACACAACUGGGCAUAUGAACUGUGCAGUCUUAAGGCAGUAGUGAGCUUUCUGUAGAUAUACUGAGGACUUCUAAUGGGGUUUGAGUGCUUUCCUGUCAGUGGGCAUUUUUCCCUGGAAAAGUGGUGCUUUUAACAACUCCUUGGCUAGCCUUUGACAGCUUUAGCCUUGCUCUUUAUAUCUCCUGUGACAGGAGUAGUUAACCUGUGGCCCUCCAGAUCUUGUUGGACUCUCAAGUGACUCCCAUUAGUUGCAACCAGCAUGGCCCAGUGGUAGGGAUGAUGGGAAUUAGAGUCCCACCAUAUCUGGAGGGCCAUAGGUUAACUACACCAGUCGUAUGAGAAAAAUUUAUGCAGCAUAAAGGUAGAAAUAUGAUGGCUUUAUUUGAGAAGCUUGCUUCUUGAAUAGAGUGUCCAUUGGAACAGAAAAUACAAUUCAUGAAUAAUUCUGAAGUGAAUUUUCUUCACUGGUCUUAUUUUUGGGGGGAUUGCUAUUUGUGUUUCCUCUCUUCCUUUUCUCUACUUCAAAGUGAAUGUUAGUAAUCUUCAGCUGUAUAAUCUGAUUUUUUAAAAACAGGUUUUCUAUCUUUUUAAAGACUGCAAGAAAUAAAUAAUAGACUUUGAUAGAAUUACAAGCUUGGUGGAUAAGAGGAAUGCUGUGGGUGUAGUGUAUCUUGAUUUCAGUAAUGUUUUUGAUAAUAACAAAUAGUCUUACAGAGAAGCUGGUAAAAUGUGGGCUGGACAAGGUAACUGUUAGGUGGUUUUGUAACUGAUUGACCGACUAAACCCAAAGAGAACUCACUAAUAGUUCCUCAUCCUCUUGGAAAACAGUGACUAGUGGGGUGCCAUGCUUCAGGGUUCUGUCCUGGGCCCAUUGUUGCCCAACAUCUUUAUAAUGACUUGGAUGAAGGAAUUGAGGGAAUCCCCAUCAAAUUUUCAGAUGACAGCAAACUGGAAGGGGUAGCUAAUGCCGCAGAAGACAGAAUCUGGAUUCAAGAUGAUCUGAACAUAUUGAAGAACUGGGGCCAAAAUUAACAAAAUGAAUUUCAAUAGGGGCAAUAUACAGUUCUACACUUAGGCAGGAAUGAUAAGCUGCACAAAUAUAAGACGGGACACCUAGUUUGCCAGUAGUAAAUGUGAAAAGAAUUUAGGGGUCUUAGUUGACCACAAGCUUUACAUGAGUCAACAAUGUGAUGCAGGAGCAAAACAAAGUAAUAAACUAAUGCUAUUCUAGGCUGCAUCAACAGAAGUAUAGUAUCUCAAUCAAGUACCAUUCUAUUCUGACGUAGUCAGACGCCACCUGGAGUACUGGGUUCUGGGCAGCACAAUAUAAGAAGGAUAUUGACAAGCUAGAACGUGUGCAGAGGAGGGUCUGGAAGCCAAGUCUUAUGAGGAAUGGUUGAGCGAAAUGGGCAUGUUAAGCCUGGUAAAGAGGAGACAGAUACGAUAGCCCUCUUCAAAUAUCUAAAGGGCUGUGUCAUGGAUGGAGCAAUUUUCUGGAGUGUAGGACCCAAACCAAUUGAUUCAAAUUACAAGAAAGGUGAUUCUGACUAAACAUCAGGAAGAAUUUUCUGACAGUUGGAUAACUUUAAUUCUGUUAUCUUACUGAAGGCUGUUACACAUGUAGCUGAGGGCAACCUGAUUACCAGCUGAAGUAGCAGCGAGGGGCAUAUCUACAUUCUACAAACGUAGAGCUUUUAGCUGUGUGUGUAUAAAAACAUAGUACAUACCAGAGCUUGGUUACACAUAGCCUUGAAUCCUGCUCUAAUUCUUCUUUAUUCUCUCUGCAGGGGGAGCAUAUUAUCUAAUUUCCAGAAGCCUGGGUCCAGAAUUUGGUGGUGCAAUAGGCUUGAUAUUUGCAUUUGCUAAUGCUGUUGCUGUAGCCAUGUAUGUUGUUGGUUUCGCAGAGACCGUUGUAGAACUGCUUAAGGUAAACAACUUUUUUCCAGUUUUGUUUUUCACAAUGAUAGAAAUUUUACCAUCCCUUUUCUACAAUAUAACUAUGGAUUGGAUUGAUCUGUAAUUGUUGUCAAAUCCACUACUCAUGUGACUUAAAAUCUAUAAUAUUGAAUGACUCAUUUUUACACAGACAUGUAAACAACCUUGGAUUUGGUGCCCCCAGAGUUCUGGAUGACAGGCAAAAUACUUGUUGGGAUCAGCCUUAGACCAAAUGAUUGUGGCUUAGUUGCAGUAAAAAUAUAUGCAGGAUCCAAUACUUGAAAAUACUUCUGUAAGCCCAUGGAGGGUUUAGUCCUAUCGCUAAGCUUAAUAGCGUUCUCCCCCCCCCCCCAAUGCAGAGCAAAGUAUAAAACUUAGAGGAAACAUGCUCAGCUGUUUGAAAGGAAUUGGAGUUUAUUGGGGGGGGGGGUCUAUUAUGCCUGCAAGAGCCUAUGAACAUGUUUAGAUCCUGGUCUGCACCUUCAUCUAAGGUGUAUGAUUUUUAAAAUAAAUUGACUUUACUAAGGUAAAACAUAGGGCCAUUAACAGAGUUGAACCAUUAAAAUGUGGUGUUUAGUUAUGGUUCAUGUUUAUUAGUAUUUCUGUUUUAAAAAUCUGAUUUUUUUGAAGUUGUGAAUGUAUGACUCGAUUUGUAUGAAAAACGAACCCUACAAAAAGAAUAUAAUAAAUUCUUAAGAAAAACUGCUAGCACUUAAUACCAUAUUUGCUAGGACUCAAAAUCAUAUUUGAUCACUGUUAGGGCAGAAUUAUUUCAUAACAGGAAAGCGAACAUAUGGUGUCAACCUUGUCAUAAUUGUCUCUCUUUUCUUUCUGUAGGAACAUAAUUUAAUUAUGUUGGAUCAAAUGAAUGACAUCAGAAUAAUAGGAGCCAUCACAAUUGUUAUUUUAUUGGGCAUCUCUGUGGCAGGAAUGGAGUGGGAAGCUAAAGUAAGUAACAGUGAUUUGAAACAUCUACUGCCCAGAAAAGCAGAACACCUUUUGAAAUCUGCAAAGCAAGUGAAGUAAACAUUGACUUGAACUUACAUUGGAAUUAGAAUUUGGAAUCAGAUUUCUGGCUGCAGGGAAUGAACUUACCGUAUUUUUCGCCCUAUAGGACGCACCAGCCCAUAGGACGCACCUAGAUUUUGGGGGGGAAUAAAGGGGGAAAAUUUUAUUCCCCCCCCCCCCCGGCGCGGGGCUGGGGCGGGGGAAGCCCGAGCUUCCCCCGACCCCAGCUCCCAGAACGGGACCCAGAGCCAUGGGUCUGUUUUAAAAAUCUGUAAUCUGUAAUUAAAAAUCGUGCAGCUUUGGCAUCGCUCUGGGAGCUUGCGGGGCUGGGGGAGGGGGAAGCCCUCCACCAGCCUCCAAACCAGGUCGGGAGACAGCGGGAUGGCGCGCUGCGCCUCUCCCGCUAUCCCCUGAGUUUGCGGGGCUGGCGACGGGCAGGAGAAGGCUUCUCCCCCCCGCCAACCUUCUAACCAAGUCAGGGGACAGCGGGAUGGCGGCGUUCCGCCUCCCCGCUGUCCCCCCGAGCUUGUGGGGCUGGCGGUGGGGCUCUCCAGGCUUCAGCGAAAGCCUGCAUUCGCCCCAUAGGAUGCACACACAUUUCCCCUUCAUUUUUGGAGGGGAAAAAGUGCGUCCUAUAGGGCGAAAAAUACGGUACUUAUGUUCAUUAUACUGUUGAUUAACAAACCAGGAAAAUAAACCAGUUCAUAAAUUUUGCACUUGGGGAGGAAUGAAGGCAGGUGCUGUUGAAUGCAGAGUUGAGCCAGUUGUGUGAGACUUUAGUGCUACAUGCACAGUAACUAUUUAGAAACUGAAACCUUAUAUUAGUAGAGUUUUGCAUAUUAAGUAUGCUCUUCAAGGAUUUGGACUUAUCCUUGGUCAGUCUGGCUCAUGAUGUGCAUUAGUCCUAUUAUAUGGGUUUCCCUCAUGCAGUCAAGUGUUCCCUUUGCGGCAUCAAAAGGGGAAAGCAACAAGUAUACUGCAAAAUAGAGAGGCCACCCAAAAACUUAGUACGAUACUGAAAGGUUACUCUUCUAGUAUAGGUGAUGCAUUCAAACAGAUCCAAGUACUCGUGCAGAGACCAUCGUGGUGUCUGCAUUGUUAAAAGCACCCCUAACCUGUGUUUCAAGACUUUAGAUGAUACGUAAAUUGGGAAUAUGAAAAGCAAGCUUCAAGUGAAGCUUAAUGAAACGUUUUAAUGUAUUAUCAUUCUAGUUGCAUAAGAAAAAUAUAAUUGGGAUUGUGAAGUGAGGGAGAGGUGUCUAAAAACAACAACAGAGGUCCUAUAUGCAUACUCAUGAACCUCACUGAGCUGAAGAAUCUUACAAGUAAAUGAGUAUUUCAUUGUGGACUGAGGAUUUGGUCAAAUGAUAAAUAAAAUAUUGAUCAAAUAAUGGCCAUGUAUUUUUAAAGCAUUGACAUGAAACAAUCACCAGUUUGAUAUUUCAGCUAAUUACAAAAACAAGUUAGAUAUCUUUACAACUGUUAUCACAUUUGCUUAAAUAAAUUCAUUACAAUGUUAGAAAAAAAUAUUUAAUACACAUAUUGAAACAUAACAUUUAAUACUCAGACUCCACAUAAAAGUCACAUUUCUGUAAAUACCUUAAUGGUUACAUCAGGCAUAGGCAAACUUGGCCCUCCAUAUCUUUUUGAGACUACAAUUCCCAUCAUCCCUGACCACUGGUCCUGUUAGGUAGGGAUAAUGGGAGUUGUAGUCCCAAAAGAUCUGGAGGGCCAAGUUUGCCUAUGCCUGGGUUACAUAAAGAGGUAAGUAUUACGUAUGUUGUAGAUGUACUGAAAGUUACAUUUUGAUUCUCUCCUUUCCCCCAAAAACCUGGGAAGGCAUUCUCAUUCUCUAUUUUACUUUAACAACUCUGUGGGGUAUGUUAGACGGAGUAUGUAUGACUGGCUCAGCUUCAUGGCUGGCUGAGGAUUUGAAUCAGAGCAUUCCAGUCCUAACCUGAGAAGGUUUGCUGUGCUGCCCAGUCUGCGCCAGGCUAUACACUACAGGGCUAGGAGGCAAGGUGAUUUCACUGCUGCCCUUGCUUAACAAAUGGUGCUGCAUUGUAAGCUGCCAUCUACUCCAUGGUCUUCUUGGAACAUGUGAUCUUAGUUGACCAGUUAAUUGCCCAAGCCUACUGCUUACGUCCAGUUGCGCAUGGAUUUAGCUUGGAUAAAAAUGUAUUUUAAUUAUGUUGAUGACUUCUAAAAUUACAGGCACAAAUUGUUCUGCUUGUGAUCCUGCUAGUUGCUAUUGUUGACUUCAUCAUAGGAACAUUUAUUCCAUUUGAAAGCAAGAAGCCUAAAGGAUUUUUUGGCUACCAAGGUAAGGGAGAAUGACCAAAUACUAAUUUGCUGGAAACGUAGCUGCAAUGGAUAUCUGAAAGAUGUUGAUAUUUCAAUUAUGUUUCUAGUGGAAAUGUUUGCUUUAGCCAAAGCUAUAAGACUGUACGAUAUAUCUGAAGAAUGAAUGCCUUGGUUCGUACGUCUAUUGCAGGCAUAGGCAUCCUCGGCCCUCCAGAUGUUUUGGGACUACAACUCCCAUGAUCCCUAGCUAACAGGACCAGUGGUCAGGGAUGAUGGGAAUUGUAGUCCCAAAACAUCUGGAGGGCUGAGGUUGCCUAUGCCUGGUCUGUUGAGAGAGCAGGGAUUUGGGUUCCAUUUGAUAUUUCAUCAUGCAACUCAAUAUGCUAAUAACAGUUGAUGCACAAUUUCCCCUUGUUGGAUUGUGUUGGAAUCAAUGAAGGCUGCACAGCAAUAGUGCUUAGGCAAGCAAGCGGCAAUUACAUUUCUUGCCCUGAAGGCUGCUCUGAGGAUUGACUGAUCCUCCAAGGGCCACUUGCAGCGUUGGAUGUGGCCAAUGCACACUCCCUCGCAUGAGCACACUCACCACCACAGAUAAUGCACACAUGUUCAAAUUCAUUCAGACAGCUGCCUACCCCCAAAACUCAGUUGAGUAGCUGAAGACAGGUGGGCUUUCUUCCCCCAUGGCAGUGCUGAGCUUUGGAGGAGAGGAUCUGCAAUGAGGAAGAGUGCUACCCACUUACCUUGCAAAGGAGACUCCUCUCCCUCUGAUUAACACCAUUGCAAGAAGGCCUUAAGGCUUAUGAAACAGGAAGGAACAUUCUUUCCUGUUUCCUAAGACAUUCAUGCAGUGACGUUGCGCCACAGAGACAAGGGCUUCCUUUGUAAGGUAAGUAGAGGCAGAGGUGCCUGGUUUUUGAUAGCUGGCAGGCCCUCUGCAGCAAGGGAUACCUCAGCAGAAAUUUCAAAAAAGAAAACUGAAUUUUGGGGGGUCGGGGGGGGGGAUGUGUACCAGGAUAAUAUUUGGUAAGAAAAAACCUUUUGUGGUAACUGGAUCUGAGCUGUGGGUUAGUCACCCCUGGCUAAAGGAAUCACACCCAAAAGCAUUAACUUCUAUUUUAUAUUUUCCAAGAAGACUGAGCUAUUUAAGUCAACACAACACACCUACCUAUGUACUUUCUCUAUGUACUUUUUCCUGUAUUCUAGAAUCAAACUCACUUGGUCCACUCAUUGCCUCUCGGCCUAAUUUACCUCAAAUAUUUAUUUGUGAGGAAUAACAUGAAAAAAAAAACAUUCUUCUAGGAGGAAAAAUGGAACUGAAAUGUGGUUAAUAAAACAAAAUGUUUUGGCUUACAAGAAGAGCUAAAGUGUUUUUUAACAGAUUUCCUUCUUGGCGGACUUAAGAGGCAGUUAAGACCUCUGCCUUAACUGGUACAUGCUGCUUAAGCAGUAAACACAUCAUAGAGACUACGAGUUUAUGCACGGAGAUCUUUCUUUGCUUGUCCCUAGCGUUUUCACCAAAUCUUCCAUGCCCCUGACAGGCAGCCAAUUUUAUAAGAGCUGGGAGAGCAGCCUGCUGCACUGUGUGUUUAAAGUUGAGCCUGACUUUUCCGUAAGCUGAAAAACAGGUGAAACCAAACAGCACAACAUGCAAAGGCUCGCGGUAGCUAGCUGCUGGAGGCUGGACAUUUAUUAAUUUAAAAGCUAUUUUUAAAAAUGCUGGAGUAUUGGAAAGAGGUUGCAGGAUGUGUGGAGGUAGCCUAAGGAAGUUAAGAGUGGCACCUGCUGAGCCCUCUAGUGGUAGCUACUGUAUAAAAUAAGUACAAUUUGCUUCCAUCCUUUAGACUAGAAAGUCAGUCAUCUCUCUUAGGCCUUCUCUAAACAUUUGAGAGAUUGUGUCCUGAGUCUUAAGAUUUCAUACCAGAUUUUUUUAGUGAUUGUGUAAAUAUCUACCUUUUAUAAGAAUAUAAUGUUGUGAUUAUUUUUGGGUAAUGUUGCUUGCUAUAUAAUUUUAUUGAAUUGGAUAAUGUAAUAUCUCUUAAUGGUGUGAAGGAAGGUAAAUUAAAUAAGGUCCAGCCUUCAUGCUAUGGGGAAGGGCAGGUUUAGACACUCUGUCUGUUUGUUGAAUAUAGGGGUGCCUAUAUUUCAGUUGUUAGGUUGCCGUGUAGCAAAGUUCUGUGUGCUUGGAAAACAAACAUUUCCGCAAACAGCUAAUGAAACAAAAUCUCAGUGUUGAGUUUACUUGUGGCACCUCUAAUCUGAGGUGACUCCCUGUCAUUUUACUUGCAGCUGAUUAGGUGGAAGACUAAAUAUUAUGGACAUUAUACAAACACAGGUUACUAUAAUAAACUUUUUGUAACGUUCCUCCCUAACAGCUGAAAUCUUUUAUGAGAAUUUUGGACCAGAUUUCCGAGAAGAAGAAACUUUCUUUUCAGUCUUUGCUAUAUUUUUCCCAGCUGCAACAGGCAUUCUAGCGGGUGCAAAUAUCUCAGGUGAUCUUGCGGUGAGUGGUUUUUAGUUUUGUUGCUUAUUCAGUCAAUUUGAACUGUUCCAUAGAUUCAUAAUGUGAAUGUUUUCCCCCCUCCCAGGAUCCUCAAUUAGCCAUACCUAAAGGGACCUUGUUGGCCAUCUUAAUUACUACAGUGGUAUACAUGGGAAUUGCAGUAUCUGUAGGUAAAUAACUAAGUUUUACUUAUUCAUUCUUUGUAGACAACUUGAUGUUUUGUAUACUGCUGUAGUUCUAUGUUGAAAUUGAUGUUUAGAGCUUUAGAGCUGAAUUUUUAUAGAACCUUCCAUUAUUUGGCUUUUAUUCUUUGAAUUGUUACAGGGGCUGGAUUAAUGAUUUUAUAGCAUUUUGAUAUUAAAGAAACAUCAAAACAUGUCAAAAUCACAAUGGUUUGAGCUCUUCUCUUCUACCAUGUUACAGAAACAACCACUUAACAAUACAGUUAAUUUACAGUGCCUGUAUGUUCAGGUCAAUCCAUCAUCAAUUAUUGUUUCUUACCCAGAGUGCAGUUCACAUUACAGAUUGAUGAGCAUAAGUGUUUGUGUGUGUGUGUAUAUAUAUAUAGAGAGAGAGAGAGAGAGAAGGGGUAGAUAGAUAGAUAGAUAGAUAGAUAGGGAAAGAGGGCUUGGCAGGAUAAAAGCGGAACAAGAACUAACCAGAAUUCCAGUGACUGGGCAGGUAAACCAGCAACCAGGCAUUUAGUGACAGCAUUAUAAAAAUGGAUUUUAGAUUUUUAAAAUGAAAUAUUGAAGGUAUAAGAAAGCCAGUCCAAAGGUGAGGCAGUGAGGAAAAUGUGGAAUGUCGUUUUAUCCAGUAGUGUUGUUCUUUUGUUUCUUGAAGUGAUCAACAAUGACUGCAAAUUGAGCACAGACAGACGUUCAGAGUUCAGAGAUUACUUUUCCCAAAGACUGGUUGAAUUCCAGCAUUUUCACUUUUAACUUCUUUCGCUGUCAUCUUGUUCGUGCAGGCUACCUAAAGCUUUUUCGAAAAGUGGUAUAUCAAUGGACUUAAAACAUUGUAAAAGUCCAAUUCUUUCUACUCAUGGCAUCAUGGCAAAUGUAUAUAUUGUCUGCCUUCAAAUGUAAAGAGAACUUGUGCUCCAGGGUUUCUUAUUAUGGGAGAAUCUAUUUUGAGGACACAACUUCUAGCAUUUUACAAAGUGUGGGAAGUCUUCAGCAAGCAAAGAUGACAGUCUUAAGAUCUGAAAGAAAAAGAGAGAAUCAGCUUAAAUUCCUGAAACUGGCUUUGAAUUUGUUACAUUUCAAUUAAUAGGAGCUAUCUUGUGUACAUAUUUCUGUCGUGUUUUUUGGUCUAAACGCAAAUUGGUCUAAACUCUAUGGGGACUCAAAUUAUUAUGAAAGUUGUGAUUCUCAAGAUUCUUCAAGAGUUUGUGGGCUGAGUAAGAUAUUUAUUACCCCUGUGCUUUUCGGCUCUGCUCUAACAACACAACACUAUAGGUGAACACAUGGCAAAAAGUCCCCUUGUAGGCUUACUUUGAGGGAAAGUAGAUACAGGACUGCAGCACCAACAUUUAUAAUCCAAAAAGAAUGAAUGCCUUUAUUGUUCACCUCUUUGUCAACAGUGCUAUAGCUCUAAAAUUCAUUUUGUGACUAGCCAUACUUAUUUUUACAAUAACUUUGAAGGGUAGAAGUAACUUGAUUGAAAUUUCAAUUUCCAUUGGAAUAUGCCAAGGAGAAAUAUAAUGCAGUUUGCUUUAAUUGCUUGGAAGGUCACUGCUUCUGUUUCCCUCUGCUCUAGGUGCUUGUGUUGUUCGAGAUGCCACUGGGAGCCUUAAUGACACAUUUGUCGGUGAGCUGACAAACUGUACCACUGCAGCUUGUAAGCUUAACUUUGAUUUCUCCUCAUGUGAAAAAGAAGGGUGUCCUUAUGGGCUAAUGAACAACUUCCAGGUGAGCAGUGAUAUCUAACCCUGAGAUGUUCAACUACAAUUGCUUAAAAUGUUUUAUGCACUUUGUGCAUGACUUACAAAAUAUAUGUAGAUAAAUCUUAAUAUACUGUAAAUUAGGGAGCGAUGAAUCAGUCUUAUUUCUAGUCGGUGCCAACCAUGUUCAUAAUACCCUUUUCCAUCCUGUUCACAUUAAACUGUGAGGGUUUUUUUAAAGCACCUGUAUAAAGAUUGGUAUUUAAGUACAUAUUUUAUUGGAGUACAUUUAAUUUUAAAAUAGGUAUUUUCAUGCAUUUUGUGCUGAUAACGGCAUCACAACAACUGGAGAAGUGCAAUAUCAAGUUAAUUACAUUGCAGUCUGUGAAUUAGUUCAAGGUGUGCAAACUAAAUCAUUUGCAGAGCACAUGAAAUAGAUUAAAAAUAGUGUAUUUCCCUCACUCCACUUUGUGUUCACGUGCAUAUGAGAAAGAGAAUGUGUGACUAGUGGUCAAAAGUUUGAAAUAGCGCAUUUCCCCCCUCUAAAUAGAAGUCUGAAGUUGCAAUCUGUCCACAAGAAUAAGAACUUCACAUGUGUAAAGUUCAUAAUCUCUAGAUAAAACUGCUAAGUAGGGUCUAGUAUGGUUUCAAAAUGGAGGGGGUUGAGAUUCCUGCAUUGCUGGGGUUGGACUAGAUGACCCUUGCUCUACAACUCUAGGAUUCCUCCUUCUUUUUUCAAAGUGUAAACUAUUUUGUAUAUUUAGAACCAUUGUGGCUGGACGACAGGCUUUUGGAAUAUUUCAGAAUGCUUAGUGUAAACACUUAGUGUAAACACGUGUUCCCACUGUCAUUUCUGGUCAAACAGAGAUCAGAGAUGCAGGCUUUUGAAACAUAUUAAAAAUUGCAAAAAAAAGUUUGACAAAGGCAAAAGUAGGAGAGAUCAUCACUCUUUUAAAUUCCCUUUAAUUUACUUUGUUGUCAGAUUGCAUCUGGUCAUAUUGACUACUUCACCUCUGUUCUAGAUAGUCUGAAUUUGACUCCUCCUAAGAUCAGUGAAAGUCAUAGCCAUGAUAGUCUUUCAUAUACUUAAGUAUAAUAGCUCAGUUAAGAUAAAGUGCUUAGGCCUUAAAGGGCUUUCAUCUACUUACUUGGCUGACGAGUUUACCUUCUGAGAUUAUGUCACUUUAAAUCAAAAGCAGCUGAAGCAGUUAUCAGUGACUACUCUAAAACAUUAGUGGGUGCUUUGACAGAAAGAUACUGUAAAGAAAGAGGCAAUUUAUUCAGGAGUUGUAGUGCCAGACUUUAUUUAAAAACUGGUAUUUGUUUAAAAGUCAAAAAUCUGGGUUGUCUGCAUAGCUGGAGCGUGCCAAUCAGAUUUUCAGUAUUUUUAAAACAGAAGUUGGCUUUCUUCAAAGUUGUCAGUUGUGUGCAGAACAGCAGUACUCGUAUUAUCAGUAUCUUGAAUAUACACAGUUUCAUUGGAAAAUAACCCCCAAACUUGCAGCAUGACAGUUCUGCAAAAGCACUCCAGUUCAGAGUAAUGUACAUAACCUACAAAGCAUGGCUGCUAUGCAGUUCCACCCACCCCCUUUAAUGUGAGGCUUGUGCAGAAACUUCAUUGAAAGGGAGGAAGUUAUGCAGUUGCUCUGAUUAUUGAUCAUAUUUCCCCCCAAAUAACUCAUUGGCAGAAGAGAUUUCUUCUUCAAAGCCAGUAUUUAGCCUGUUGCACUACAUUCACUAUUUACGAAAAGUAGUAAACAAUGACAGAGCUGCCAAAGUUAAGAAAUAACUCUCAGAUCAUUGUUUCUUGCUUUUAUUUUAAAGCAUCUAUGGCUUCUGGUUGCUGUCCAAAGAUUUAAAAGCAACAUGGUCCCUGCCUUAAGGAUUAGAAUACAGAACAAUAAAAGAUGAGGAAGGAACAAGAAAUGAGCAAAUUCAGGCACUUAACUAUUCGUAAAGCAAUGUUAGUGCCUUCUCUGAAUGCUCUAAUAGUUGUCAUAGUGUUUGAAAAUUGUGCAUGCUGUUUCAUAUUAACACAACGUUGCAACAAAGGUGUUAAGUGUUUGAACUGCCCUUGUUAAAGUUACAUUCUUAUUCCAGGUAAUGAGCAUGGUAUCAGGAUUUGCACCUCUGAUAUCAGCUGGUAUAUUUUCCGCCACCCUUUCUUCAGCAUUAGCAUCUCUUGUCAGCGCACCUAAAAUCUUCCAGGUAAGAAUUUUGAGUUGUUCGUAGCAAGCCUGAUCAAACUUGAAUUUUAGAUAUAUAUUCAAACAUUACUUUUCUAAAUCCUAAGGACGUGAUGUUUAUUCACUGUUUCUCAAUAUACUGUUUGAUUGGUCCCAUAGCUAAACUAAGAAAUUAAGGCUUUCAAAUGUAUUCUAUUAACACAUGUUUUUCAGUCACUGACUGUUUUUCGGAUCUUAAGAUGUGUAGGCACUCAGUUUCCAUAUUGAAAACAAUUUGAUUUAGGCUUGCAUAAAGGUGGCGCUGUGGGUUAAACCACAGAGCCUAGGACUUGCCGAUCAGAAGGUCAGCGGUUCGAAUCCCUGUGACGGGGUGAGCUCCUGUUGCUCGGUCCCUGCUCAUGCCAAUCUAGCAGUUCGAAAGGACGUCAAAGUGCAAGUAGAUAAAUAGGUAGCGCUCUGGCGGGAAGGUAAAUGGUGUUUCUGUGUGCUGCUCUGGUUCGCCAGAAGCGGCUUAGUCCUGCUGGCCACAUGACCUGGAAGCUGUACGCCGGCUCUCUUGGCCAAUAAAGCGAGAUGAGCGCCGCAACCCCAGAGUCGGCCACAACUGGACCUAAUGGUCAGGGGUCCCUUUACCUUUUAAAGGUAACAAAAUUGUAGCAAUGCUGACUUCAGCUGUUCACCAUCUAACUUUUCCCAUGGUACCUCACUGAAUUAGUGAUGUCUGCAGUUACUACACUUUCUACGGUAAUUACAUUCUUCACAUGGCAUUGCAUUAUUCAGAUUUGAUGCCUCAGUUUAUAUCUAUGUGACCAUAGUUUAAUUGUUAACAUCUUCUUUUUCUUCUUCUAGGCUUUGUGUAAAGACAAUAUUUAUCCUGGCUUCCUGAUGUUUGCUAAAGGCUAUGGGAAAAAUAACGAGCCUUUACGAGGAUAUCUGCUGACCUUCUUGAUUGCUCUUGGAUUCAUAUUAAUUGGUUGGUUAAUACACCAUUUUAAAAAGAGGGAUAUUUCUCUGUGGUAUAAGUUUAUCUGGAGCAUCUAAUACGGUCUAUGUUGUCUAAUCCCAUGUAAUAAUUAUCUGGUUUACUAUGAAUAGAGGAUACAUAGCCUGUUUCAUGGAGAGGGAAUGUACCCCAAACCACUAAUGUUGGUGGCUUCUGUUUGGGAAAACUAAGAACAUAGGAGCCCUGCUGAAUUAUCCCUAUUGUCCAGCAUUGUUUCCUAGAGUGGCCAACAUGCUACUAUGAAAGGCCACAAGUAAAGCAUGAAGGCAGUUAGCCCUGCCCUGCUGUUCUUCCCCAGCAACUGGUGAUCAGAGGCAUAGUGCCUCUGAUUCUGGAAGUAAAAUAUAGGCAUCAUUAAUAGUAGCCAUUAGUAGCCUUAUCUUAAAUGAAUAUUUUCUAAUCCCUCCCAAUGACGGCCGUUGCCAUAUUUUCUGGAAAUGAAUUUCCAUCGUUUAAGUCAUCGCAUAAUCUUGGAGAGGGACUGCAGAGAGCCCACACUCAAAGGAGCAGUUCUGUUCUUAUCACAGCUAUUUAUUGUAAAAUUUAAUAUAAUUCUCCAUUUCUUUUCUUUUUUUACAGCUGAACUGAAUGUAAUCGCUCCCAUUAUUUCCAAUUUCUUCUUGGCUUCCUAUGCCUUAAUUAAUUUCUCUGUAUUCCAUGCUUCUCUUGCAAAAUCUCCAGGUAUGAAUUUUAUAUUGCUUCUCUUGAUCAUUUGAAAUCAGUGACGGCAAAAGCAUCUUUUAAAAAUGCCUUUAAUUUAUAAUUUAAGUAAUUGCACAACAUGUUGAACUUGAUUUUUUUUAAAAAAGUGUAACUGUUCAGCUAACUAGGUUGUGGAUAGCAAUCUGCAUGAAAGCAACUUGAAAUUUUACGAUAUGCACUAUGGGUUGGUUUUCCUGCAAUGCUAAGCCAAACUAUUGCUUAGUGCAAAGACAUGAGAACGAAGGUUCCUGGAUAGGAGAUUGUGGCUGCUGUGCUCCUCCUCUGAACCUCCUUCCACUGCUGUGACCCUGGGCCUGUGGUUUGUCUGAUUCAAAGUGGAUGUCUGAACUGAAAUUCACUGAUCUUUGAAAGUGAUUGCAUGUUCCAGGUAAAUAAUAGGAGAAUAAGGACAGUAGCAGGCCACUGAAGAAGACUAAAUAUUGAACCAUAUCUGACCAUUACAUUUUUAAUUUUAAUUCAGUUAGUUGAAUUCAAUUAGUGUACAUUUUUAGUUUUAAUUCAAUUGAAUUUAGUUCAGUUUUCAUUGGCAGCGGCCUAUACCUGAUAAAGAAGUGCUUUCCUUACAUUCCUUUGAAUUGUUCAUUUUAUCUUACGGAAUAUUAUCUGUAUUUAUACCAUCUAUAAUUGAGUGUUUUCCCUUAACUCUGUUCCUUUCAACUUGUGUUUUUGCUAAGGAUAGUGAAACUUUUCCUUUGGUUGCUCCCUCCAGACAAACCACAAGCGGUAAGCCCCAGGACAAAUUUUGGUAGCUGCUCAUGGUUUGUCUGGCGCAAGAGUCAAGCUAUCACUUAGCUCAUGAAACAGUGCUAGAAACUGAGAUAUGAAAGCUAGGAGCUAAAUGGCACCUUCAAGCUAGGUUAUGGUCGCAGCAAUGGGAUGUCUAGGCACGCUUUUUUACAACAAGAAUAUAAAGCUGAAAAUGAACUUCAGCAAAAAUCUUAGGUUCAUUUUUCACAUGGUCUAGUCCUCAUCUGAAGACUGCAAAACACACACACACACACACACACACACACAAACCAUUCUUCUCCUUCCUGCCCCCUAAUAUUUUUAAGAGGACCUUAAGAGAGUGGCUGGAAGUGGGGAGGCAGAAAAAGGUCCUCCCUGCCUUUCACACUGCAGUUUUAAUCUGAAAUCUUAGGUGCACUGCUCUAAUGAAAUUCCCUGUUGCAAAAUCUGCCUGGAACAAAGGGAGUUUCGAAUGCUGUCAUGAAAGUGUAGCAGUGGGAGGACCCAGAGGUGGCGCUCAGCAGCUGUGAUCUCCUCUUCGAAGACACAGAUUUAAGCCAUGGUUUAGCUUAGUGUAAUGUGCAGACCAAGGCAGUGUACCCCUUUUCAUAUGUUGCUCUAUUUUGUUGUUAUUUAAUCAUGUGCAUAUCAUACACACAACCAGAAUGUUGGCAACUUGCAUGUGUUUAUGCUGUUAAAAUGCUGGGGGAUGUGGGGGUUGUGGACCCACACUGAAGGGGAAGCUUUCUGUUUGUACUCUUAAUUUCUGUGUUUGCUUUUUGAAUAGGCUGGCGUCCUGCUUUUAAGUACUACAACAUGUGGGUGUCUCUAGUUGGAGCAAUACUUUGCUGCAUAGUGAUGUUUGUCAUUAACUGGUGGGCAGCACUCCUCACAUAUGUCAUCGUUCUAGGACUCUACAUUUAUGUAACUUACAAGAAGCCAGGUGGGUGCAUGUCUAGGAGACACUAGGCCAAUGACUGGAUUUAUGGUUUAAUUCAAUGCUGUUUUUAAACAUAUUCAGUCUACUUCAUAUACAGUACAUGAUUCCCCUCUGUUUCCCUUCAGUGCUAUUUAACAAAAGAAAAUUGACUAGGCUCUGUAAAUUGUAUUAACUUUGUUUAAAAGGUGACAGGGAAAGUGGUAGAUAUUCAGAAAGUGUUUGAGCUUGGUGGCCAUUUUCCUUAGGAAACCCUAAAUAUUUGUGUGACAAAAGUGGGAAAGUACAGUGUCCUUGAAAGAAACACUUUGACAAACUAGAAAAGGAAUAGCAUUAAGAAACCUAUUUUGAUACCUUAGUCUUUGUUCUGUGGAUUCUGACAUGAAAGACAGUACUGGUGGUUAGGAUUGAGCUGGUGAGAAGGCCUUCUCUGAAGUAAGCAGUCAGGACUCUACCGACUCACCUACUUUUUCAUUGCCAUUGCAUGUCAGCAAGGGAGGUAUGGAACAAAAGAGGAAAAAACCACCCUCAUAUGAAUCCCACUAUAUUCAUUUAACAGUUUAUUUAGGGUUGUUCUGAAGUUACAGUGCAUAGAAUGCACUUUCCAAGUUCAGCUUAUGAUGAAUUUAGCCCUUAAAGUGCACCGCUCUGUCCAAAGAGUGUGUGGUGUUCUUCACUGUGUGUCUGUCUCUGUGUGUAAGGGGAGGUUUGUGUGUGUGAUGGGAACACUGGGGGCAAGGGAGGAGCAGACAAAUCUGCGGUGCUAUUGCAUGUGUCCACCUGUGAUGGCUAUCCCUAGAUCAAGAGAUACAUCGAGUGCUUUACAAAAAGAAAAGAAAAAAGUUUUAUUUCCCCAAUUGGCUUGCAUCUUUAAAAUUAAAAGAGGAAUAUGACCUUUCCAAAGGUUAUUCUCGUCAUUAAAAUAAGGGAAGAAGCUAACAUGAAGCACUAGACAAUAUUGGCGGUUUCUGAAAUUCCAAGUCUGUACUUCUUAUGCAACCCCCAUAGGCAACUCUGCAUGUCUAGGGGUUUUUAGAUGAAUUAGUGUUGCUCUCAGAAUUUGACCACAAAAAAGGUGGUUAGCACAUUCUGAGAUAAACAUUUUAUAUGGUUAAAGCUAUAGGGUCACUUCAAAAAGUUGUCAUGCGAAUGCUGAAUAUUGCAUCUGAAUUGGCCCUCAGGCAAGUAAUAAAAAAUAGACAACUUGAAUAAGUUGAAGGCUUAUUACAAAUUCAGAAUACAAACAGUUCCUUUAAAGUAGCCCAUAUUUCCCAAGGCUAACAAAUUUCCUCAAUAGGGUUUAUUUUCAAAUAUUGCUUGAUGUCUUUGUGUGACUUCAUAAACUUAAUUGCAGUUUUUUAAAACUUUUAUAAUUAGAUGGUGACCUGUCAUUGCUUCGGGGGGGGGGGGGCACAAAAAUUAUUGUACAUGCCAAGAUCUCAAACAUAUAUAGGAACAGAGAACUUCAGUAUUAAAAGUUAAUUAUGUAUGGGUUUUAUGAAAGCUCUUAUAUGAUGAACCUCAGGGCUUUGCUAUAACGGUACAACGUUUGACUUUACCUCCGAAGGUGCACUGCUCCAUUGUCUCCCAAGACAGACAGAUACCAACAAGUGCUUCAGUAAUAAUUAACAUUUGAUAGGUUAUUAAUCAGAUCCCUUUUCUAAGGCAAGAGACACAGCUGUGACCAGAAGUAGUGUGAGAGAGUGUACAAAAUUGAUUGAUAAUUUUCUUGAUCUCAAAAGGCUCUAUAUUAAGAUCUUGGGUCUUAAAUUUGGUGACUUCAAGCAAGCCUAAUGAAGUUUGCCAAAUGUUCAUAAUACAUUAUAUUUGACUCUAAAAACACAUUGUCACUAAUUGCUAACAAAAUACUUUAGGGGGCUUUAGCUACCCUCUCCCAUUUUAGGGAAUAAUAUUUCCUCCUAAACACUGCAGCACUGAAACAACUAGUCUUAAUCUAGGUAAUUUGGAUACUCCCUUCCAAACUGCUUGUGAUUUUAGCUUAAUUGCCAAGGUAGCAGUACAAAUAGUGUCACUAAAAUGUCACAUUUUGUGUUCAUUCUGAAAUAAGAUUGAGGCACAGUUGACCUCUUUUGUCUCAACGAAAAACCAUUCUUUUUACAGAUGUAAAUUGGGGGUCUUCAACUCAAGCCUUGACUUACCUAAAUGCAUUGCAGCAUGCUGUUCGCCUUACUGGUGUGGAAGACCACGUGAAAAACUUCAGGUAAAAUCAAUAGAUGUUUGACAAUAUGGCUGAACUUUUGAGAUGCAAGUAUAACUAUCAGUGAAACAGUGCAGACUGUUGAAAUAGAAGGUUCUGAAAGUGAGGACCAAUUUAUAGCUCUUGUCUAGUAAGCAUGGAAAGUGGUAUUCUAAUCUGCUUGCACUGUUGCAACAACUUUUCUGGAGGCAGGCUUUGGAGUAGUAACAGGGCAGAAAGAAGCUUGUCUGUAAUGUUUGUUCCUUUGAGCUAAUGUAAUUCAGCAUCAAUAUCAUGGCAUCUUGAGCUAAUUCCCCGAUAUUUUAUGCAGCCAACAUUUAUUUUUUCCCCCCAUUUCAUUUGUCUACCGCCCUUCCUCCAAGGAUCACAGGGCAAUUUACGACAAAAAAAUGCAAAAAACCCACAUAAGAUAGAAACAGAAACAAAAGAAACAACAUUGGUAUUUAAGUAUCUAGCUUAUUAACAUAUGUGAUUGGGUUCCUGUAAGAAAUGAAUGGUAAAGGUAAAGGUACCCCUGCCUGUACGGGCCACUCGUGUCCGACUCUAGGGUUGUGCGCUCAUCUCACUUAAGAGGCCGGGGGCCAGCGCUGUCCGGAGACACUUCCGGGUCAUGUGGCCAGCGUGACGAAGCUGCUCUGGUGAGCCAGCACCAGCGCAGCACACGGAAACGCCGUUUACCUUCCCGCUAUAAAGCGGUACCUAUUUAUCUACUUGCACUUAGGGGUGCUUUCGAACUGCUAGGUGGGCAGGAGCUGGGACCGAAGACGGGAGCUCACCCCGCCGCGGGGAUUCGAACCGCCGAACAUACGAUCGGCAAGUCCUAGGCACUGAGGUUUUACCCACAGCGCCACCCGCAUCCCUGUAGAAAUGAAUGUACACACCUAUUUCUCUCUUUAAUCUAAAACCAGGCCACAAUGCCUUGUCAUGAGUGGUGCUCCAAGCUCACGUCCGGCUUUGCUUCAUCUAGUACAUGCCUUCACCAAGAAUGUAGGAUUGAUGAUCUGCGGUCACAUACAUAUGGUAAGUCUGUGAAUAAUUACUUUCCUCUUACACCAUAGCACUUGGAAAACAAUCUAUAUUUGUGUAAUAAGUAGUAUGCAAGCAUACAGAUAAAAUGAUGUGUCAAGAGGAAAAGCUGAGAUUUGCUAGGUUAUUGGGGUACGCUUUGGGGAAAGCUAUGCCUAUAGAAGAGCACUGGAUUCAUAAAAAAAAAAACCCAUAAUACAAGAAAAUACUUGAAAUGUAGAAGUAUUAGGUUGGGAUAUUGUUGAUAAUGUAUUGCCUGCAUGUACUGUAUUGGCCUGAAUAUAAGCCACACUCUUUCCUCCCCCCCCCCAAAAAAAAAUUCUGACUGAAAAGUUCAAGUGCGGCUUAUAUUCGGAGCCAAGCACCAGUACCAGCUUAGGGAGCGGGGUGCUGAGCAUUGGUGCCCCCAUUUUCAGCGUGGUAGUGCCGGGAGGCGGAACGCACCUGCAAAUUGAAUUUUAAAGGUGCAGCUUAUUUGCAGGUGCAGCUUAUAGUCGGGCCAAUACGGUAUGUAAAUGUAUAUAUGUAUCCGUGGAAGGUGGUGGGUGAAUUGCACAAAUAAUUGAUAAGACGUGAAUUGGUAGUGCCCCACAAAUACCAAAACUUUAAAGUGCUAAAUAGGGUCUUUUCUGCAGUAAGCAGCAUGAAGAUUUAAAAUAAAGUGUAUCCUCUAAUUUGAAAGUAGCAGAACUGAAUAUUUUUAAAGUUCUGGUUCAUUGUCAGGGUACUGAUUCUGAUACGUUAUCUGGCAACUGGUCUAAGCGAUAACAUUUCAUUUGAAUUGGCCACACUAAAAGAGCCCAUCUAUUUUUCUCAGUAAGAAAUCCUCACUUAAAGAUCUCAUCCAAAACUUGCUUCCGUGUCUUUGUAAUUGUAUGCUCCCCUCCCCACACCUUUUUCAUAGGGCCCUCGCAGGCAGGCCAUGAAGGAAUUGUCAACAGACCUGGCCAGGUACCAGCGGUGGCUUAUUAAAAAUAAAAUGAAAGCCUUUUAUGCUCCAGUACAUGCAGAAGAUUUGAGAGAUGGUGCGCAAUACCUGAUGCAGGUAAAUGGUCAUAUAAAGUGAGGAGUUCUGUGCUGCUUAGUGAUCUGCUCCGAGCAUUGUAUUUUUAGCUGCAUUGUACACACCGCAAUUUUAUAAAUGUAUAUUUCAACUUUGCAAAGUAACAAACUUGUCCAGUGGAGAAAGGUUGUCAGAAAUUGAUCAAAUCCUGGGAUUCUAGGUUUGAAAGCAAGGCUAUAACAUUCCAGGCAUUGGGAAGUUUUUUUUAAAAAGUUCCCAAUUAGAGAUUAGAGACCCUGCCCUCUCUAAUCUCUGUAGAAAAGCAGGGCUCUUGCAACCCAGUUCUCUGUUAACCUUUUCCCUGUUUCAUUGGAGAUAAUUCUAAAGGUUUAUGACCUUCACAAUUCAUGGGGUAGAGGUCUUUCAUCCUCCCACUGCCAUGGAGACCAAGGAGACGUUGUUGGCAUUCAUUUCUUCCCCGUUGGGAAAAAAUGAGAGGGAAACUUCUUUUUUAAAAAAAUUGAUUGGGGCAGAUUGCUGCUCUAACUUUACAGUGGUGCCUCGCGAGACGAAAUUAAUCCGUUCCGCGAGUCUCUUCGUCUUGCGGUUUUUUCGUCUUGCGAAGCAUGGCUAUUAGCAGCUUAGCGGCUUAGCGGCUAUUAACGGCUUAGCGGCUUAGCAGCUUUAAGAAAAAUGAAACAAACUCGCAAGAACUCGCAAGACGUUUCGUCUUGCGAAGCAAGCCCAUAGGGAAAUUCGUCUUGUGGAACGACUCAAAAAACAGAAAACUCUUUCGUCUAGCGAGUUUUUCGUCUUGCGAGGCAUUCGUCUUGGGCAUCACUGUACUUCCUCCUCGCUAAUGAGUUUAGCAGGGCUUCGGGUAAAGCAGUUAAACCAGCUUCAAUUCCCCACCCUUUGCAGAUGGUUUGCAACAUGAAUGCAGUUCUCUAUUGGAAAGCAACAUAAUGGCUUUCACAUCAGUAGCAGGCACACGCCCUGUCCAAGGAGAUGGGAAUUCUGGGUUGAUAGCCAGAGAGUUUGAUCGCCCAGAUCCUAAUAGUGUGGGUGCUGUAAGUCAGGAAAAAUCACCAACAGUGAGGGUUUGUAAUAUUCACAAAGGCACGCAGGUUUUGAGUUAGUGCCCUAUAGGGAAGAAGGGAACUGUCACCCGAAGAAAAGAAUAGGACUAUAUUUGCUUGCAAAGCCAGUUUUCUUAUCUAACCCAUCCUGAACCAUUUAUCUAAUGGUAAAGACUACAUUCAGAUGUUGCCACAUCUGUCAUAGGAUCUCCAACAGGUCUAGAUUAUUACUAUAUUAUUAUAUUACUAGAUAGGGCAGGAAAAUGAUGAGCUCUCCUACUCAUCUCCCCGUGCUACUUUCAUCACUAGAAUAGAAAGGAAAUUCCCAUUUUUCAUGUAGUCUACUUUCUUUUUUUACAGACAUAGAUAUAACCUCCCUAAGAUUUAAGUAGAGUUUUUUUGUUGUUAGGCUGCAGGUUUGGGACGAAUGAAACCAAACACGCUUGUUCUUGGAUUUAAGAAAGAUUGGCAAUUGGCUGACAUGAACGAUGUCGACACCUACAUCAACUUACUACAGUGAGUAGAAGGUUAACCAUAUACCCCACUGUGAAGAUGCAGCUUUCGUAGUCCAUUGCAUAUACCGGUUGUCCUGAUUCAUGUAUCAUCAACCUUUUCAGACCCAGAACCCACUUUUAACCCAAACAUGCCUUUGGGGACUCAUUUCUUUAAUCUUUUAAUAUAUAUUUGCCUGGUGGUAGUGCUCUUGUUGCGACCCAGGUUGAAUCAGGCCACGACUCACUAGUGAGUCCUGACCCACCACUUGAUAGUGCCUAGUUUAGCAUUAUUUUCAGGAAAAAUUGUAAGCAGUUAUUCCAUUUCAGCAAGGACCGAAGCAUGCACCCAUUUCAUGACCACCUUUUACAGCCCAAAUCUGGAUAUGUUACAAUACCGUAACAUUCUUAUUCCAGCUGGGAUCACAUUGCCAUCAAAGCAAAAUGGUGCCAAAAGAGAUGUUGAUUUUGGCAAUGGGCAGCCCAUGAACAAAGGAAGAGAUGGAAGGUGAGGGGUUACUCUAAAAGGGAUGCAUGCCUGCCAGAAUUAUUCACAUGCAGGUAUUCACCGCCAUCUUAGCUUAAAUUGGUUCAUUAAUCACUUUGUAGGAACAGCGUGGUCAUUUCAGGAGCUGGAAUUACCUUUUGAGACUCUUUCUGCCUGAUUUUGCUGACCAGAGUACUUGUCCUUACAGCUGAAGUUAAUCACUUGAUAUUUGGAAGUUUAUAUAUUUCCCCAAAAUGUGUUUAUUCUAUUUCAGCGAUGCCUUUGACAUUCAGUAUGGAGUAGUAGUUAUCCGUCUGAGGGAAGGUCUGGAUAUUUCUCACCUUCAGGGGCAAGGUAACCCUUAACACUGUCCAUCAUGAAUUAAUCUCUGGUCUUUGGGAGAAAUUAGCAAAUUAUGCCUGGGACAAAAGAUUAUUGAGUGUCCCAUUCCUUCUGAUUCUAGCCUCACUUUGUGUUAAGUGCCUGAUGAAGUAACAACUGAUUACUUCCGUAAGUGCUCCAUUAAAGUGUCUGGGGGUGUGUGUUAUUAAAUAAUUUCUAGUCGCCAGGUGAACAUCAUUCUUUUUCCCAUUUACAUGCAAGAACAAAAUAUACUUAAAUCCAGUUACAUGAACUUGGCUGAGCCAAAGCACAGCUUUAGGUUUGUUUAAAGUUUUGCAAAACUAUAGUAUAUUUUCCCUUGUCCUUGCUUGAACUUAUUCCCGAACAUUUCUCCUUGUGAGUUGUCUCCCAGCUUGUAAACUCAUUUGCAAAAAUACUGAAUAGUAUAUUUUUCAUAUUCACAGAAGAAUUAUUGUCGUCCCAAGAGAAAUCACCAGUAACCAAAGACAUUAUAGUAAAUGUGGACUAUAGCAAGAAGACUGAGACAGUAACGUCCAAGCCUGUGAGUGAAAAAGCUCCUAUUCAUAAAGGUAACAUUUUACUUAAUGAAUUUUUGUUGGCAUCAGUGCAAAAAUCAUAAUAGUCCUCCUUUAUAAACUUCAAAGUCAGAUUUGCAAUCCAAAGUCUUCAUCAUGUGUCACCGCAAGAUAUUUUAAGCUUGUGGGAGCCUCACUUUAGGGGUCCAACUUUUUUUUGGUGUUUCGGUCACUAGCAAGAAUAUUGCCAUACAACAAGGAUGGCCCAUUGAAAGACUAUCUUACUACUUCAUCUCUUUGGCAAGCCAUUUUUUGAACUCCAGUGUGUUUGUAAGAAGUGUGCAACACAGCAUCUUGGAGCAUUGAGGCACAACAGCAUACAUGUCUUUACUAAGCUAAUAGCCAUGGGAUCAAAGAUUAGCCCUUUAGUAGUAAACGUGUACAGAAAUUUUGGUCAUGGUAUUUGAACAAUGUUAUGUGUUUGACCUUUAUUUUUCUAAACUUCUUAGAACUUCUUUUUACCAUCAAGUGUUGCAAAGAUUUUGUUGAAUAAUUGCUCUUAUAGAUGCUUUAAGCACUUCACAAGUGGUGCAUCUUGUCUUGAGGAGAAGCUAUGGGACUAACUAUUGAUAUCAUUCCCAUCUCUUCCCCCACCCCAAAUAUCUGUUAGGGAAAUAAUGUUUAGAUUGCAGCAAACAUCUCUAUUUUCUAACCCAAACCCUUUUGAGAGUGAAAAGGGAUCUUAAAUGGAAAAAAAUGCUAAUAGUGUAGCUACUUUUAAUAUGUGGUAGAACUUUGUGUGUGUGUUAAAUAAAGUGGUAUGUUAACAUGCUAAUCACUUACAUUCAUGAACACAAUUGCUUUGAAUUCAUUCAUUGUUUGGCUUUUCAUGCUGCAUCCUAAAAAGAACGAAGAGUCCACAUUUUUAUUAAUACUGCAAAAUAACCUUUUAAUCCCCCCCCUUUAAACCUUAUCCAGAAGACGACGACGAUGGCAAGACUCCAACGCAGCCACUUUUGAAAAAAGGCAGGCCAUUUUUCCAUAUUUUGUUUUCAAUCAAUUUUUUUUCAUGCUGUAAACAUCAGUUUAUAAUUUCUCACGCUUUGUUUCAUGUAUCGUAACAUUUUACAUGUCUUCGGAAGAAGAUAAUAGUUUGUACUUGCUGGGCUCAUGGGAACCUUGUUGGUUGGGUGGGUGGGUUUCUUGGACAAGAUAAGUUUUUGGGAUGGGGAAAGAAUUGGAACGUAAUGCUGUCUUAAAUAUUAGAGUUGUCUUCAGCUACAGCCAGGUGAGAGAGUGCCCAUAGAUGACUUCUGGUGCAUAUAUAUAAUGUGAUAUCUUUAGUUAAAUAUUGCAAGGUAUCCUCACUCUCUUAAUGGAGAGCUCCUUUUCAAGGUUCCUGCCAGACAAUAGUGUCUUCCUCCUGGGAUACCAAUAGUUCGGAGGGGCUGAAAAAGGCCAAACUACUCUCCAAGACCACCUUAAUCUUCCUUCCCUAUUUUCCCAACCGACACAUAAUAUUGUGUGAUUCUUGGAGGCUACUGAGCAUGUUCAUUGGGCUAUUUUAAUUUUUGGUAGGCAGGUACCUCUUAAUUUUUUUAUUUUUUAAAAAACCAGUUUGUACUUCUUAAUACCUCCGGUAUAACGAGCAUGGUGACACCUCCUUGUUUCUCAGUGGCUCCAGCCCCCUUGGCAAUGAACCACUAUUGAGACAAAUGAUUAUAUUCACUGCUGAACUUCAGAGCGGUUUGGGAGCUAAGCUGGUGCGGAUGGAAAAUCUGUCACUCUAGACUUUUUCUAAAAAGGGAAAAAUCAAUGUACAGGAGCAAAGCUGUGAUAACUUUUAUUUGGGUGUUUAGGCAGGGAUGCCAUGUGUUUUCUGCCCUUCCUAGGAGAGCAAAUGCUCCUGCGUCAGGUUUCAUGAGGUUUGAUUUAAGGCAGGCGUGGCUAACCUGUGGCCUUCCAGGUGUUGCAGGACUUUUCUAAUCUUCCCUGCCUGUUGGCCAUGCUGGAUGGGACUGGUAGGAGUUGACAUACUAACAUCUAAAAGGCCACAGCUUAGCCACCCCUGGUUAAAGGUAGGGAGUGUCCUAUCCCAUCUCCAGUUGUAUUACUUGAUGGCUCUACAAAUUCAUAGUUGUUUUCUCAUACGCUAGCAUUGCUUGCCUAGCGGAUCUUCCCUUCCUCUCUUCUCCUUUGCAGCCUCACAUGCAUCUUCAAAACCUGCUCCAAAGGGUUGUAAGGGCCGGAGGGGAGAAGAAAGGGAUGUCUUGUUGCACAAGCAGAAUGCCACUCCCACAACACUGGAAGCAGAAGUAACCCAUAUUCUGCAUUUGAGACAGGAAUAAAGUUUUGCCUUUCUUGCUUCCUUUUAAAUGCCACUUCUCUAUUCUACAGAUCCCAAAGGUCCGGCCUUGAACAUGGCUGAUCAAAAAUUGCUUGAUGCAAGUUCUCAGUUUCAGAAGAAACAAGGGAAAAAUAAUAUUGACGUAUGGUGGCUUUUUGAUGAUGGGGGUAAGAUGGAAGUUCUUUUUAAAAUAAUAAUAAUACUGCAACUAAGUAGUGUAUAAUUUCUGAUACCACCAAAUCUUAACACGGUACCAAAAGUGAGAUUUCUUUAUUCAUGUAGGCUUGACGCUGUUGAUUCCGUAUCUUCUGACAACCAAAAAAAAGUGGAAAGACUGCAGGAUCAGAGUGUUCAUUGGUGGAAAAAUAAACAGAAUAGAUCACGACAGAAGAGCGUAAGUUUCAUAAAGUACAAUUCUUUUAUCAUUUGGUAAGUAUGAAUUUGUUGAUUGUUAGUUAGGAGAAAUCAGUACUCUUACUUACCAGGCCUAAUAAUUAGCAAUGAUUUAAAAACUCAGUCUUAUAUUUAGCUAUAUAGCUUAUUUUAUUAUUCCACUUUUAAAAUAUUAGUUUUUUUCUCCUGUGUUUCUGUUGUGAAACUUAUUAAAUACUGAAGGUUCUUCAGGCAAAUAUUUUUAACUUGUUUAUGAAAGCUUACAGUGCAGUCAUAUGCCUCUUUACUCAGAGAGUGGCAUUUACUCCCAAGUGUAGGAUUGCAUCCGAACUUUUUAAAUAAUCUAGUGAUCAGAAUUUAGAACCAGCUGAUAACCUCUGUAAGCAUGCAAACCAUUUUAGCUAUCUUGACUGUACAGUUUUAAUAUAUACAUUUAACUAUAUUUUAAAAAUUGCUUUUAGAAUGGCUACACUGCUCAGCAAAUUUCGGAUAGAUUUCUCGGAUAUCAUGGUUCUUGGUGAUAUCAAUACAAAGCCAAAGAAAGAAAAGUAAGUGUGUGUGUGAGAGAGAGAGAGAGACAGAGAGAGAGAGAGAGAGAGAGCGCGAGAGAGAGAGCGCAUUCAUUUCCUAUAUUUUUCAAAAAAUAUUAUUGACAAUUUACACUAGCAGUUAGCUGCCACCAGCAGCUAGUGUGAGAAACAUAAUUAAGUUUAUAAAAGUAAAAGCCACAACACUUUGUUCACUCGUUUAUUGUAUUUUUAGAUAUUUCCACCCAACCCUUCUAUUGUUUAUGCACUAGGAUAGUGUAUAAUUUUUUAAAAAAGAAAUAGGUUAACUUUUUGAUGAUUUAAGUGGCAUUUUUCCUUUGAUCUUAGAGUUCUACCCUUGUUCUUUGCCUCCAGUUUUUCUCUCCGCCCCCCCUUUUUGUCUGUGCAUCUUUUCUGAUCUCUGUAUGUGAUUUUGUGUGUUGCCGUGAAAGGUUUUAUAAUAGGUAAACAUGUAUGCAUAUGUUUGGUUUAAAGAGUUGCGUUUCUCUUAUGCUGUAAUUUGAAGAAACAUAAAUAGUAAAGAAAGUAAAAAUGCAGGUGAUGAAAUAGAAAUAAAGAAGCCUUUAUAAAUAAUGAGCAUAAUUAAGAGUUGUACAGCAUUCAUGCUCACCAGACUUUUUAAGAUUCAGAUGGAACUCUUGCCUAAUACUCUCCUUUCCUCAAACCCACAGCAAUACAAAUACUAAGAUUUUUCUUUUGCAAAUUAAAUGGCUUGAGCAAUAGUAAAAUGUUUCUGCACAAACAGAGCAUUUAUUCAUUCCAUUCAUUAGUGUGAAGUGAUUACUUUAGGGCACAAUUCUCUGGUCCCAGGGGCCACAGAAUUUUGUGGAUUUGUGCCACCUUGUUGCAGUUCCUUCUCCACCAUUAUUGGUGCAGUGGAGAAGCAAAGCAGCAUGUCUGGGUUCCCUGUACAUGCCCCUAGAACAGCAAAAAAGGGAUGCCAACCUUGGAGCUGACAUAUUGAUAUUCCUACCUUCUUUGUAAGAAUUGAUAAAGCAGCCUUUUAGCACUUCCCAAUUCAGCAUCCAAUCUCUGCAGUUUUAUUGAGCAUGAGACUCUUAAUCUUUGGGUUGUGGGUUCAAGUCCCAGGCUGGGCAAAAGAUUCCCGCAUGGGAUUGGAAAGGGUCCCUUCUAACUCUACAAUUUUAUGACUCUAUGAAAGCCCCAAUAAAGUACCCAUUUUAUAAAUCUGAAGAAAAUGUUCCUAUUCCUCUUUUCAAAAAGUGCCUCACCACACAGCAACUCAGACUGCUUUUAUUCAGCUAGAAACUCGAGAAUUUAAAAAGCAGCUUGCAUUUACGAUGGAGUGAAAAAAUGAAUAAAGGUUUUGCAAUAUGCUGGUCUGUCUAUCCUACUUAUAUGAAUUGAGUCGUGGUGGUAAAAAUGCAGCUUCGUAGGAACUCAUUGUAUUGGCUUUUUUAAAAUUCACAAAGGAAUCUUUCACUACCUAGGAGAUUGCUUUGCUAACAUAAAGACAUAAUAUGGCUGUUGCAUAAGUUGCAUAUGGCUUUGGAUUCAGUGGCAGCACCUAGUAAUGGAAGAGGAGGGAGGGCAUUUUUUGCCCCUUGUUGUGUCCUCCUUCCCAAAUAACCGGAGGAUUUUGGCUGCUUUCUCAUUAAAAGCAAAAAAAGCUAUUACCCUUGUUAGUUGUACGUAUGACAAUUUUGUCGCCUUACACAGGCUGUAGGUUUUUGUUUUUUAAAAGUAGUCCCCUGUUCUGCACGGGAAAAUUCAUUCUCUUGAAACUGAGCGGAAUUGUCACAGCAUUUUAUGAUACCGGAGAGGGACCUGCUAUCCAAAGGUGGGGAGAGUUUAUCAAAAAUUUAAAAUCCAGUAGGAAUGCCCAAGCAGCCAUGGUGUUUGCAUAAAGCAAACGUGGAUCCCAGUCGGUGGUUCUGUUGUGCAGCCUUUAAGUCUGUAUUGUGCAGUCUAGCUUGGAAUAGAGAAAGCCUUUCCUCCUCCCAGGAAGGGAAGGGGUUGUGAUCGGGAGACGAUUCCUGCGCUCGGGUGGCGGUUAGGCAUUGGAAUGUGUUGUUGGUGUUUCGGGGGGCAAGGUGUGGCCAUCGCCUUCCCCGGCAAUUUUGGGUAUUCCGCUAAAGGAAUCCUGCGGUCGUGGAUCCUGUCCGAUGCCCGUGUGGCGGCGGGCCAUGGCACGACCCUCGGUGACAUCAGGAAGAGAGCCUAUAGUUGGAUUAGCAUCAACAGGCUUCCCCUACUGGUGGUUAACCCCUCCUCAGACUCACCCCUCUACGAGUGGGUGGAGUCUAAUGUUCCGUGGUCCAAUGCCUAAGCCAAUACCUUCUCACAUGCUGUAAUCAAUAAAGUUGUGGCCUUUACCUUACCCAUUAACCUUACAUUCUGUGUCCACGUGUCUAUUCCCCAAGCGGGGAUCGGGUCCUCGAAUCACAAGUCACAUUUAUCUUGUUCAAUGAAUGUAGCAUCUUAGUUGCAGGUCUCAUUGUACAAAUAUUUCAGUUAGGAGUCUGAGGACUGAUUAACUCCAGCUGUAUGUUAAAAUAAUCUUUAGCAUUGCAGCUUUUGAAGAAAUGAUUGAGCCAUUCCGACUUCAUGAAGAUGAUAAAGAGCAAGAUGUUGCAGAUAAAAUGAAAGAAGAUGAACCUUGGAGAAUCACGGAUAAUGAAAUUGAGCUAUACAAAACAAAGGUAUUUUUUGUAACUCUCUUUCCACAUAGGAAUAUUUAAACUUCCUAUAGUAUUCAUUUUGAGUAUUCAUUCCUAUAGUAUGGAUUUUGAGUAGCAACAUUGGUAAAUCUACUACUUGCUGAUCUUCAAAAAUUGCUGUUUGGGCUGUUUAAAAUGUUCUCAUUUUAAUUGCAGAGCCAACGCCAGAUUAGGUUAAACGAAUUACUGAAAGAACAUUCAAGCACAGCUAAUCUAAUUGUUAUGUAAGUACUGCUUUCUGUGGUUCUUGGCAUCAACACCACUAUUUGGGAAAGGUUUUAAUAAUUUUGGUGCCUAUGGAAAGAUAAUUGGGUUGGCUUGAGGAUUGCGCAGAAUGGAAUUUCACAGACGGGACAGUUCUCCAAGUUAUGAUGCAGUGGUUGUGCUGCCUGAUUAGAACAUAGCAACAGACUUUCUGUGAGGCAAAUACCUAGCUAGGUUUUCACAAAAAUGUCCCCGUGACAGUAAUUCUGCUGUAAUCAUGAUAAGUUAGACACCACAAAGUUCUCUUAAUAAACGUACAUAUGAAAACCCUGAAUUUCUAGGUUUCCCCCUAUAAAGUAGUUACAUGGUAGAUAAACGAGAGAUGCUUGAAAACAUUUAUGAAUGCCUCUGACUUUGGAGUUAAAGGGUCGUUGAUGCAGCAGAAAUAAGUGGCAGCCAUGGUGAUGUAGCCAGUGAUAACCAUUGUUAACCUUAGACUAGACCCGUUGAAACUGAUGGACUCAUCAGUAGUGGAUUGAGUAUGACUUAGUUGGAUGUCACCCAUUGUGUUUGAGAGCAUAAUGUUGGAUUGAGCAGAAACGCCUGUUCUGCAAACCUAGAUGUUUUUAUUUCCUUUUCCCCUGCAGUUUACAGGGUCACCAUCUAUACCAGGCAUGGCCAAACCAGAUGUUUUGAGACUACAACUCCCAUCAUCCCUAGCUAACUGGACCAGUGGUCAGGGAUGAUGGGAAUUGUAGUCCCAAAACAUCUGGAGGGCCAAGUUUGGCCAUGCCUGAUCUACACUGUUCCAGAAGGUGCCCAAACCUCUGGAAUAUAUUUUUGGAGACAGAGUAGGCAGGAAAGAGGGAGAGGGAGUCAAGCAUUGGAAAGGGGUAGCAUAUUGCUUCAGCUACAGUAGCAGAAAAUAGAAUAAUGGUAGUUUUUGAGGGUUAUGGUAUUUAGGAUUUUGACAUGUGUGUAACCUACCUUGGGGUUAGUAGCACUGAAUGGUGGGAUAGAAUUCUUCAAAUAAUGAAACGAUCUAAUUCUGUGCAUGUUUGUCUGUACGCGUGUGUCUUACUCUCAGAUAACUCCACCCAGGAUUACAGCCUUGCCUUCAAUGUAUGCAAAGUUGCUUAUCUGACAAAUUUGGAAGAUAAUUCUCCAAACACCGAGUAUUGUCUGUUAAUGCUACUUCUGCUUCUAAUAAGCAUUAUUUAGCAGCAAAAAUCUUUUGGGUAACAGAUCGUUUUAAAAUUAUCUUCUGUAAUAAAAUAUAAACACUGGCUGUCAAUCUCAGUAAUUUUGAGACAUUUUGCAUUAACUUAUCCGGUUGUGCUGUUAACCUGACAAAAUGCCCAGUUUAUUCCUCUUUUGGUUAUAGGAGUUUGCCAGUAGCACGAAAAAGUGCAGUAUCAAGUGCACUAUACAUGGCGUGGAUCGAAGCUCUUUCAAAGGACCUGCCACCAAUUCUCCUUGUCCGUGGGAAUCAUCAGAGUGUUCUUACCUUCUAUUCCUAAGCACUACUGCGCAGCAUGUAGCUGUGAAGAAAUGGUACUUCAGUGCCUAAAGUGGGAGAGACUGAGAUGUUUGAUUAAAAUAUUAACAUCACACACAGGCAAAAAGUGACUACUCUUUUUCACUGUUCCACUGACUUGAAAGCACACAAGGAAAGUCACUAUACUCCUAAAGUUGUGAAAGCUUCAGUUUUCUUCUAAUUCUUCUGUAAUUUAAUCUUGCUUAAUGGGGGAAGAUUUCUUGCUGGACUGAAGAAUGAAUAAACAGGUUUUUCUUUGCUACUUGAGCGGCAGCAAUAAAAGUGUUUAUUUUUGAUCAGUGAAAGGAUUAUAGAUUUAUAAAAGCCUUUUAGCCUUGAGGUGCCUUCUGAAGUUAACCAAAUUUCAUCCAUAUACUCUAUUUUGUAAAUUUAUAAAGAAUGUCAGUCUGCCAUUGGCUAAAACUUUAGAUCAAACUUCUUUUAGUUUAGACUUCCAUUUUAAUAAAAAUGCUGCGUUCUGGUCUUCCAUAAAGGUGUUAGUUUUAUUGUUGUAUGUUUCCUAUUGUUUGGAAUGGUGUGUUUUGUUUUUAAAGAUCUCUGUUGGAUCUGAGACAAAGCUAAAAAGUGGAGCAAGUUGGCUGUAAUUAAAAAAACAACAAAAAACCAAAUUUGUUACGUUGAUAUCUAGGACUUUGUACUUUUCAAUUUGUACCACUGAAUAAAGCUAAAGUGUAUUGACAGAGGGUCCUCUUAGAUUUCAUCAUAUAUAUAUAUAUAUAUUUCCUACUGGGCUACUUUGGCUGAAGGUUAGUGGACCAGUCCACACUCUGUAGCUCUACUGUGAAGCUGCAGUUAUGUUACAUGAUGAUGUAAAUGUCAGGCGCGUUUAUGAUAUGCCACCUAACAUGAUACUUCAAUCUUUCAAGGACCAUCUAAAUAAAGUUAACAGUUUGUUCACCUGCUUAAAUGGACCACAUUUUAUUAGAGGUGUCCCAAGGGCAAUUUAUUCAGUUGUCAGAAUCUAUGUUUAGUCUUGUUAAAUACUCAGGUUUGAUCCUCUUGACCUUACGUUUUAAUUUGUACGUGAUGACCUUGUGUAUUCAAGAACUGCCAAUUUGUGUGCCCUCAAUUUGUGUGCGUGUGUGGUUUGACUGCUUUAUAUUUUUUUACUCGAUGAAUUGCUUACUGAAGAAUCACUUGAGGUUUUAUUCACUAGUUUGUAAUAGUGCUUAUGCCUAUUAUCUGUUAAGAGUUGCCUCAAACCCUUUCCCAGUCUCUUGGCAUUAAUAUGGGGUAAUAUGGGCUAGAAUGAACACCUGUAAUUUGGAUAUUGAAGAUAGAGAAUAUGAAAUAUUUUUUACUGUGUAAGAUCAGAAUAAACGAACAAAUUUAUUUUGGUAGUCCCAGUUACUGAGACAAGGUGAUUCUUGCAGAUAGUGAUUAGCAUUCUAGUAAAUUACGACUCUCAUUGUCUUUCCAAUGUUGUUUGUGUUCUCCCCUUUUCAGAAGUGCAAUACAAGUUGGCAGCCAGGUAGAGUAAAUCAAUGCCAGUACCUAGUUUUCAAAGAAAAUUUAAAGUCUUAUAAUAAGAACAGGAUUUUUUUUCCUAAAAAGCAUUCCCAAUGUGUAAUAGCAUUGAUAAUUACAAGUUUGCAGUGCUUAUUCGUGUGAUGAGGGACAUAAAAUUAUUCAUUUAAUCUGAACUUUUAUUUCCAUUGUUUAUGUACAGACAGUAGGGCAUGAACUUAGUGCUGCUAUCGUGAAAAAGUGCACUGGUACACUUAUUCAAAAUUUUGCUAUUCAGGAAAACCAUUGCUUGUUAUCUGUAAAAGGAACCAAAUGAAAAGUCUCUUUGUGUGCUGUGUAAAAAAAAUCAAAUUUAUCUAAAUAUGCAUAUAUGGAUGGGAGCAAAAUGUAGUCUGUAAAUUAAUAAAGGUUACUUCAUACAUGAGAAUUCUCAGUACUUCACCCACACAUAUCACACUAGACACCAAGACAACAAUUGUACAAUUUAUUCUAACACUCCAAUAAACAUAAUUGCACCUUGUUAGCAAGAGGCAAUUUUAUGAUACAUAGCCAUUCCAAUUUCUAGUUAGUAUGAAUUGAUCUUUUCUUUUUGGCGCCAUGUUUUCUUAAGUUCCAAUCAGUAAUGACUUGAAAUAAUUGUUUUCCAUUGACACUCAGCAAUACCAUUUCUGUAGCAGAAACUUUAUUUUAUGAAAUUAGGAAGUGUUUAGAAAGUAGCUGAAAAAAAUCAAUUAUUUAUUUGUUACGUUUGUAUUAGGCUUUCCUUUUUACAUAAUUUGUUUUAUAUGCUUUUCUGUUUAUUUAAAAAUGAACUAUGGUCUUAAUUUAAGGAUUGAGCUUGGUUGGUACUAUUCCACAGUUUGAAAAUGUCAUGUCAUAUUUUGAUAAUAUUGUACUGUAACUGUCACACACAAUGGGUUUUCUAAUGUUUUAACAACUUGAGUAUUGCAGUUGCUACUCUGUAUUGGGGAGGGAUCACUGCAAUAAAUGGGAGUGAAUUAACUGUGGUUGCCUAAAUCAGCCUAUUUUUAUUAAUAAAUUCCUUUCCUCUGGUU